CGAUACUUGACGUGCGGUGUGCCGAGUGCCCGACUGGUAUCCAUUCCGCGUGCGCCGCGCUCAUCCGUCGUUCAUCUCUGCCGUGUUAAAAGUAAAUUGCAGGAUAUUAUUCGAUUGAUAAUUUAAUCGCCGAAACACGUUUGUUUCGUCUACCGUUCGCCGUAAUAAUAAUAAUAUUAUUAUUACUAUUAUUAUUAUUAUUGUUAUUGACCGUCAGCUAGAAAAAAAAAAAAAAAACAAAACAAAAAACGACGAUCCAAAUAGCAACACAUCUUCACACCUAUUACUACUACUUACCAAUUUUUGGAUUGUUAAUAAAUCCAUAGGUAUGUUUUUUUUUUUUGUUAAUUUUGUUUAAAAUUAUACUGUUAUUGUUUUGUUGUCGGCACGUACAUAAUAUUAUGUUAUAGGCGUUUAUUAUUUCGCGUUUUGAGCUGCACUGUGCACCAGUAUUGUCUCUUUGCGACCAUACGGUGUACUAGUGCGUUUCGUUUGUUAAGUGCAAUCGUGUCGGAAUUUUAAUUGAAAACGAAACUCCGAUUUGUUAACAAAACUACGUCGGGGCGGAUACAUUUAUUACUGUGGCGGGAACGGCAAUAAACAAGAUCCCAAAAAACAAUAAUGACGGCACGUUACGACGUUUUGCUCGCCGAACACAAACUGAGGAAUGUAUGCAGAAAAAAAAAAAUAAUAAUAAAGAAGAAUUAUGACAAUAAAUAAAUAAACGAUGAGAUAUGCGUUAAUUAGGUAAUUAUGUACGUGACGGGCGGGCGCUACUAUAAACGGCUCCCAUUGUUUAUUGUAAUUUACGAGGGAAAAAUGCACGGCAUAGGCAUAGACGUAAAAUAUAGUCUUAAAAUGCAUAGGCUUUCGGCCCAAAAGGCCUUAGGGCGUACGCAAUAAGACUGAAUUGAUUUCAAAUACUACAGGUAGGGCUUGAGAUGGCUCAAGGAAGCCAUCCUGAGCUCCUUACUUACGUUUAUGAACGUAGAUGUAGGUACGUUUCCAGAUGCGUUUCGAUAGCAGAAGUCUGUUGGCAGGCCCUAUCGAGGGGAAAUUAUUUUUAUCGUUAUGAAUUUGUUUGCCUAUGGAAAAAAAAAAAAAACAUAUACCUACAACGACAACAAUUGAAUGUAGGUAGGAAUUUUUUAUGCUCCCCUGCUAACGCAGGUGACGUGCUCAGGUGGAGGGAACAAUAGGGAUUAUACCCUCUCUGCGUUAUCUUAAAAACACAACAACUACGGGUAUUUAUUUGGUAAUUUUAUCUUGAAAUUAUGUAUUAUUCCUGUCAAGUUACAUUUUGAACACAACUCGAGAUUUAUUGAAGAAAGAUUUACUUUUUUGGGGUCUUAAAUUGAGCUUAGGUGCCUUCCUAUUAUAAAAGGAGAUUUCAAGAUUUAUUCAUGAACUAUGAUUGUUGUUCACUGCUUAUUUUCUCCCGUUGAAAAUUCCUGGGCUCGUCGCUGCCAAGAGAGGUCAUAAAAUUCUGGUUACGAAACUAUAAUACAAUUCAGUAGUAGAGCUAUGCAUACAUAUAUAUUAUGAAAAUAUAUUGGAUUUUUCGUCGUUGCGUGGGUCCAAAAACGUGUCUAUUAAUUAUUCAGGUACUCCCGCUGUUUUUUUUUUUUUUGUCUCUGGGUAGGGAUACGGCCUCCGGAGAAACGUACGUUCGAUCGUUUCUAACAUUCUAACUAACAACACCGGGACCGUCGACGAGACGAACCCGGCGAACACCGCGUAUUAUUAUAUUAUAAUAUCCGUCCACAUGGAAUGACGACGUGGCGUUAUCGUUAACGGCACUUUGAUAAAAUAUUCAUAGCAUAAAUAUUAUUUAUUUCCGGUUUUUUUUUUUCGUUUCGUACAUACACGUACGUCCGAACUGUGAUGUAUCGACGCGGUGUUUUUUUUCACCGUUUAAAUUUCACACGUCCCCCAGAUCGAUUUCGGCCUUUGCGUUUUUCGGACAUUCCAGUCAUUCGCGAUUUAUUUUUCCCCGCGAAUCACCGCCGAGAGCCGUACCGUCGUCGGUUAAAUCGGACGGUUUAUUAUUAGAGAGAGAGAGAAAAAAAAAAAAAUCUUUUUUCGGUUCUAUGUACGUAUUGCAUAAUAAUAUUACCGAACCCGUUCACUCGUCGUCGACAGUGGCAUACCACUGCAUAAUUAUUAUGCAUAUGAAACACUGUUUAACUGUUUAAUACAGAGUGAUCCACUUAUCACGAACCACCGAUAUUUUCUCGGAGGGUUAGGUUAGUGUAGGUUUACCCUUACUCGUUGUAACUGAAACAAGUAUACAUAGGAACUUUGGUUUUUCAAAUGACGACCUCCUUUUUUUGAAACACAGAUUCAAAUAGAAAAUAUUACGUUUUUGUUAUUUUGGUAAAUGCAUGACACUAAUAUCGCAUUUAUAACUGUUUAUGAGUUAUAUAACAGUUCAAAGUUUAGACUGGGAGAGUAGGGAACUAGGGAAGGGUAUUAAUUUAUCAUUUAAAAAAUAAUAAUAAUGCAAUUAAUUAUUCUUUACGACUUCGGUCUCAAUGAUAAACUCGUAUACCUAACUCAUUAAUGAUAAAUCCGAUAUUAGUGUUAUAUAGGUAUUCAAAUAUACAUUUUAUGAAAAAACAAAAUUUCUAUUCGAAUCCGUGUUUAAAGAGGAGGAAGCCCAUUUCAAAAUCAAACAUAUAUAGGUACUCAUUUAAGGUACAUGUAAGGAAUAGAGGUAACGCAUUAAAAAUAAUUUUAAAAUUAAGCAAAUGCAAUUAAAAUCUUUCGAUACGGUUGCUGGUUAAGCAAGAUUAUAAGUGGAUUAUGAUGAUGACGUGUUGUAAGAUUUUUUUUUUUUGUUCUUAUUACCUACUGUUUUGUUGUGGUCGUACAUUUUAUUCAUAUUGAUAAUAAAAAAAUACCGAUACUGUGGUUACCAAAACUAAAAGAAAAACCCCAAAGGCCAUAAAUCUUGAAACUCGAGAAGUUUUUUUGUUUGGUUUUCCUCCGGGCUACGUUUCUAAUCUCGCAAAUGCGUUUUAUAAUUUCUUCGGAAUGAACGUUCCUUUAUCUCGUACGACAACGUGCGCUGACCGGGGUGAAUGUACUGCGCUCGUGAAUCGUGAAUAAUUGACACUAAUAAUUUGUUCACUUCCUGCACAAUAUGAAAUCAUAACAUGUGUAACGCACUGUGUAAUCUCGAAAUUGAUAAAUUUUAAAUUUUGCGGCCACAAUAUAAUAAUAAAUAAUACUUAGAUACGUACGGUACACGCAUGUUUUUAUCAUUAUUGUGAAGAUUGUACAUUGUAAUGUAGAUAACGAAAACCUUUGAAGUAUCAUUUAUAAUAAAUAAACCUCCGAAACGAAGUGAACUGCAGUAUUUUUUUUUUUAUUUUUUUUUUUAAUAUUAUAAUGGACUAACGUUUUUCCUUAGUAUAAUUAUUAAACAUAUUAUUACUGACCAGAUACGUGAAUCAUACACCUAUAAUUAUAAUAUGGCCGUUGAACUUAUGUUUAGAAACCGGAAACUUGAAUAUCUUCUCUUUCCAUCAAAAUAUUACGCGAUUAAUAUGUGAAAAACAAAUUUUUUAUUCAGAUUCUUAGUGCCUACUGUGAAUCGUGGACAUGUCCCACCGAACUCACUCUAGUAGUUGUGCAAACAUCCAAUAAAAAAAAAAUAUCGUUUUACAUACAUAAUCCGGAUUCCUGAUAAUAAUAAUAAAAACGAUGGUAACAUUAUUAUUAUAAUCGUUAUUAUUUGGUACCACGAUACAGCAGCGCGUUUUACCCACGUGCCGCCGCAAGAGUAUGGAAUAACAAUUUCGUUUUAAUAUCUGUUUCAAUAUUAUUACUAUAACAUGUCGAGCUGUAUGGCCAGACAAAACAGUUUAUUUUUUUUUUAUACAAUCAUGUCGUUGGAUAACGUCAAGACUGCAAAUAAUAGCUACCUAAUAAAUAUAGGUAAUUGUUAAUGCGUUUGCAAUGUUUGUAUAUACUGAUUGUAGUCGCACUGCGGGGAGUCGACGCCGCAUGCGCAUCGUAUUUGAUUAAGAUUUGAUUAGGUAGGUAUCUUUGGCCAAAGUUCUGAGUCGAUGUUUGAAAUUUUAUUUUAUGAUUUCGUCUUUUAUAUUUUUUACCCACUCAAUAUUUUUUUAAUCUAAAUGACAGUUAAGUGUAUAAGGCAUAUAUUAUACACACGGGUUAGAAUAUAAUAAUAUAAUAUAUUAUACUCUAACUCGUGUUUUGCUGGAAAUUAUAAUAUCUUAAGUCAUGAUGAUGCACUUUUUAUUUGGUAAAUAAGGCGUAAUAAGUCUUACGAAUUAUACGAAUCAAUCCGUUUAACCAACGACCAUUUAAAUUGACUUAGCUGGGCUUUCCUGGAGCCAAAUAUGUAGUAUAGUAUGAGCUAUAAAUUUAAAUUUAUUCUGCGAUUUUCGCAUUAGAAUAUUAUUCAGAAAGCCAAUGUCCGUCCUAUCUGUAUCUGUUCGAUGGUAAAUGCGCGUACACGCAUCCUUUAUAUUUUGUUUGUUUUGUUGACAAAUCGCCAAAACGGUAUAACCACACAUUCCGACGUUCAUAAACAUUAUUUUAAAUUCUAAGCUAGUUUCAAAAAAUAUUGUAUUCUUUUUUGUUUUGUCUUGGUAAACACUUUCAAAAGUUAGUAAAAAAGCUCUGAUUUUUUCACAGAAUAUUUUAAAAUAUACGGAUUUUACGCCCGGUGGUACUUCAUUUGGACAAAUUUUCGGAAUUCUUUAUUUUACUAUUUUUUAUUAAUAUUUUUUUACUUCUAAAUAUUGUUUUGCUUAGGCGAAUACUCUGGGGUUUUUUUUAACGCAGUACCUCAAUAAAUGUGAACAUUAUCUACCGGUGGUACUUUUUUUAAUUUUUGGGUUUAUUAUCCUGAUAAGAAGGGAAAAACCACCACUAAAAUACUACUCCAUUCAGAAUCGUUUUUUUCUUCAUUUGCAAUAAUUAAUCAUUGCACACACAGUAUAUAAACUUAAUUACCCGUUAUAUUCAACCUUCUAAACUAUACCCAUCUACAAUCGCGGAUAAUCCAUUAAAAUGUUAUUAGGUUAUACGACCAAGAAAGGAUCUUGCGUAUACGGCAACAAAAUAUAAAACGGCACAAAACUUGACCAAGAUCUUUGGUUAUUGAUGUUUUAACAUCAACAACUUUAUUCUAAAACUCGGUAGCUGACUUUACUAAAAUGUUAUUCCUUGUACGUCGCGACAUUCUAACAUCAAUUACCUUAUCCCAGCUUUUGGUACUAUUGUAUUUCAACUACUCCUCGUAGUUGAGUAUGCAUGUAUAAAUUCGCCCGGUAAUUACUACAGAACGCUAGGUAACCUCGGGAAACCAUGUUUAUACUUAAACUCAUAAAAACAAUUAAACUCAUACGAGUCUUCCAAAAUAUUAUACACAAUACUUUAUUUAAACUGGCUGGGCUCGUUCUCCGGGCUUUCUAUCCCAAGUCCCGGAGAUGGUGAUUUUCACAAUAAUAUUUUAAUAAUAUUUUUUAAUAGUUUUUUUUAUAAAACAAACGUAUCAGCCCGCGACAGUUGCGCGCUGCCCCUGCUAACAUGUUUUGCUGAGUACACGUACCUAAGUACCCAUAUAAUACAAUAUAUAUUAUACAUUAACAGCGAAAAUAAUGCUGGUGACGGUGAGGAUCGCGUAAAACAAUAUUAUAAUAUAUUAAAAUAGUUUAUUAUUAUUAUUAUUAUUGCAGGCUGGAUAUAUUAUGCAGUUAUUGUACUGCGGAAAAUAAUAAGCUAUAUCAUGUGUAUAUGUUUAAUAAUACGUUUUCUGCCCGUGUCAACAAGUUUUAUUCUUUUCUACACUAAUAAUACAGGUAGAACAGGUAGGGACAUAUACGGGGACCGAAAGUGUUAAAUUACACUCGAAUAAAUCUCGGGGUAGAGUUCCUAUAUAGUAUGUAUUAUAUAACAUUUUUCGUCUAACAUACUUACCCGCAGCGAGUUUCAAAAUAUUAGAUGUCACACGGUGAUUUUAUCGCGAAAACAUGACGUGUAAACGCAAUAAGAAAAACGAAUUUCGUUUAAACAACACCCAUGCGUAUUUUGUACAUUUGUAACGUGUGAUACUUAAUAUGUAAAUCAUUACAAUAAUAUAAUUUCUUUGAAUCAUUUUUUCCAAUCGUUUAGUUAUUAUUUUCAUUAUCAAUUUCGGCGUUGAAAGGUCAUCUUUUUGUAUUAUGUGUGGUCAGUAAGUUUAGUUAAUUGUUUAGGUGCACAAACGCAUUCAAAUGAAAUAUUAUGUUUACUCAUCAGAUAAGACUGUACUAAUUUAUGAAUUAAUUUCGGCAAAGUUAAUUUUAUCACAUCGUUAACAAUACAAUUUACGAAAUAUCGAUAACUAUUGUCGAUUUUUGCCCAAAAAAAUGCUGAACUUUUAUGAAUUAUUACUUAUGAUUAAGUGCAAUGCUCAAUUUGAUAUCAUAUUACCGAAGCAUGAAAUAGAAACGCUUUUAUAUUUUUGUUCUAUUUUAGUUGUCUAGUUUUUUUUACAUUCUAUACUGUAAUUUUAAUACAUUUUUAUUUUACUAAUAUUCCAAGAUGUUCUGUUUAUUAUAAGUAUUGGUACCUGCCAAUGUAUUGUCAGUUGUCAUGAAUACUUGCACUGUUAUUAUAAAUUGUUCGUGUGGUUUUCGGCUCUUGGUCUGUUAAUAGAUUAUAACGCGUAAGAUAGGCCACAGUAUCAUAUUAUUUGGUAUCUUAUUACUGGACAAACUACCUGCAAGUAGCUAUAUUUUUGUGACCGUAUUUAUGCCGGGUUUUUUUUGCGACAGUACACUAACGUAACAAACACAAAUAUAUUAUAAUAUAGAGUGUCUCACGAAGAUAUACCAUUUCAAUAUCUAUUAUUUAAGUUACUAGUUUGAUAAAUUUCCCAUAGAAAAAAAUCUCGAAAAAAGUGAGAUAUUGCUAUGGGUAUAUAUCUUCGUUGGACACCUGUAUUCGAAUAUAUCGGUUUUGAAUUUUAAACCAACUUUGUAUGAUUUUUUUCUGUAAUAUAUAUAUAUAUAUAUACAUACAUCAAUAGCUAAAUUGUCGCGCGCGGUUACAGAAAAAAAAAAAUAUUGUUUAUACGUUCGUCGUCUGUACAGAAUAUGGGUCGUCGUCGUUCAUUAUUGGCCCUUGACAUUAACGCCGACGACGUUAAAUAUAGAAGGUAUAACGAAAUCAAAGGCGGUAAACCGCACAGUAAAUUUUUGUUUUUGUCGUUCCGUAACCUUAAAACUACUAAUACACUAUUAUUGUUACUAUUUGGUCAGGUAAAUAUUUUCCAUUGAAAAAAUUACAGAUCAAAUAUUAUUAAAAAACGUUAAGAAGAAAAAUCGAAGCUCGGCGCAAUGUGAAUAAUAUUUUCUCCCUGUACUUAUUUUAACGACGUUACGGUGAACUAACUUUUUUUUUUAGAAAGGUUUCCAAGGCCACUUCGACAACAUUUUCUUUUUUUUUUCUUUUAAUUUUAUUAUAUUUACUUAAUACAAUUAUACAGACAUGAGGUUCUAUGAAAAACUAAACAAUUAAACAGUGAUACAAACUCAAUAGUAAUUUAUUAUGGCGAUGGGCACUUCACUUAAAAUAGUUUUAAUAUAAUGGUUAUACUGGUUAGUUUUUGGUUGGCAUAUAUUAAGACACGAGAGACGAAAAUUGAAGAUAUUCAAGGAUACAUUAGGAAUGAAUGAUCAAGAGCAGAAUGCAUGACCCAAAUCAUGAAGGAUAUGAACAAAGGAAAAAAAUAAAGAUUUAACGAAUUAACCUACAGUAGAGAGGCAUGUAUAGAAAUGUAAAUACUAAUAUGGGAAUGGAAAACUAGAAAAACAAAAACAAAUGUAUGCUACCAAUUGAGUAUUAUUUUUUAAACCUCGCAUCGUUUUGUUUUCGUGUAAUAUCCGAAAUGCCCCCCACCCUCCCCCCCGAUAACUUUAUUUUUAACGGCCUCGAGUGUGAUAAACUGAAUUAUUAUUUUUAUUCGUUUGUUGGCAUAAUAAAAAUAUUUUAUAUUAUACUAGGUAUAUACCAAUAAAAUCGUGAAUACACUUUUAACUUUGCAUUUCCAUUACGAGAAACGCUUAUACAAGGGGAUACGUUUUUCAAAAAACUAUAUAAUAUUUUAUGUAUCGAUUUAUGUAAAACUGUUUUUCAAAUAACAAGAAUACGAAUAAAUAAGCAGCAACAAUUCAACGUUUAUCGCUAUUUGCUAAGGUUUAUAUUUGAAUGUUAAAACGUUAAACUGUAAAAAUCAAUCGUUUAUAUAAUACAUAUUUAUAUUGGUACGAAAGCUACUUAUUUGAACCGGUAGCAUCAUAAAUAUUAAUAAUAGGCCCAGAUGUCUGGGCUUUUUUUUUUUGUUGAUAUAAUAACCCAAAAAUAAAAGUAUAGAUUUUCGUCAUCGGUUGUAAUCGAAAUAAAAUCACGUAACCGAUUGAAUAUCAAAUAUGAUAAGCGUAUUGCUCUGUCCAAUAUUACAGUCCAGAUUUCAAAACAACUUACAAUCUAAACAACAGCAGAUGUCAUCCUGAAAAUAAAAUUAAUUGAAAAUCAAAAAAAAAAAAAAAAACGAAAACGUAAACAUUUAAACAUUUAGAACAAAAUGGAUACUAACUAAACUAAUUGCUAUUAAGAUAUUAUCGUUAAAAUGAAACUUUGUUGUUUUUGUCUGGGAGGCGUCUGAGUCCGUGGUUUUGAUUUAUACUUGAGUAGAGUUCAUGAUCCAGAAAAGGUUAACAACUUAUGGUUUAGUGACAUUCUUCAUUCCUUUCAACCGUUCUAUUAUUUUAUGAAUCGUGUUAAUUUUUUUUUCAUUUUAUACUAUAUAAAAAAAAAAAAAAAACGAAAACGUAAACAUUUAAACAUUUAGAACAAAAUGGAUACUAACUAAAUAUUUCGAUUCGUGUAAGACAUGCACGAAGUGAAAUUUUUCGUUGUUUUUAAAUUUUCUGGUUAUUUUUUAAUAUCGUUGCGUGAUUUAAUUUUUAAUUUUUUAGGUCAUUUUUGAAGACAUUCAAAUCUAGUAUUUAAAGACUAUAGGUUUUCUUAGAAUUUCCGAUUUUUUUUUUCUUCAUUAGAGUUUACGAAUUAUAUACUAUGCGCGAGUAUUUAUGCAUUUUUAUCUCUUUUACCGAAGUGAUUCAAAACGUUCAGAAACGGCUGUCUUAUUGGAAAUAGCAAAUCCAAUCGUUAAGAAAAUGUUUGUACAAAUAGGUACCUAUAUAUAUGUAUAUUACGUACAAUGAUUGUUGUAAGUUUAUAUUAUUAUUUGGUAGCUUUAUUUUAAAUAAUAUACUUUGUGUUAUAUAAACUGCAGAACUGUUUUAGACCGGUCUUCGUUUAAGCAUGUAUACAAAAUAUAAAAUGCCGCAAGCUCAUAAAAGCAACAAAGCUUUCUUUUUCAUUUUUAUUUUUUUUUUUUUUUGUAAAACGUCUGUCUUUCAGCAUUUUAUAUUUUAUAAUGUAUUCUUAAUGGCCAAUGGCCACCGAACAGACGGUAAUAUUGUUCGUUGCAGCUGAUGCAUUUAUCUUACAUAAACGUCACUGUUUUUGGCAAGAUAUAGGGACGAAAAAAAAAAUAAAUAUAUCCCAUCACUCAUAAAAAAAAAAAAAAAAAAACUCUUCGCUUCGUAGAUCAAUAUAAACACGCCUAAUCAUUUUUCGAUUCUGUAGACCGAUAUUUUUUAUAGCAGCAGACUUACCUAUUAGUUAUCUAAUAUGAUAUAUAUUUUAUAAUCGUUCAUUUUAUCAAUAUUAAACUUACUAUGAUUUUGAAAAUCAUUUAUUUUAUUAAUAUAGUUUAUCAUGUUAUAAUUAUUACCGUUUUUCUCGAGCACGGGUAAUUUAUACACCAACGAUUGCAGUUAUAAUUUACCCAGCACACAAUUAAUUUAGUCCUAUUAAUUUAGUAUAAUCCUAACGACCAAUUAUUUAUCUUAUAUUAUAAUUAAGUAUAGAGAUCACGAAGUCUAAUAUAUACGUAUUUCAAGUAACUUUACACUUUAAUCGCAUAGUAUUCACAAAUUUCAGUGGUCAGAAUAUUCUAACUUAUAGAGUCAAAAAUAAUAUAAUGUUUGUUUUAGUUUUUCGAUACAUUUUUAUCUAUUUCGUAUACUGUUUAAAAAAAAGGCUGAUACUUUUUAUAGGUAUACCACUGUUUCAGGAACAAAAUUAAAAGGGGGGAUAUUCAGAGUAAUUUAAUUUAUAUCUGUACGUAACGACUGUUAAUGAAAAAAACGAUUCUGAGCAGAGGACUAUUUGUCGUAUUUCUCUCCAUUUUGACAAGGUAACCCAGAAAUAAACUAAAAUUUUACAAACAAUUGCCAGUUUUUCCCAUUUAUUAAGAAAAUCACAAGGAAACUAAAAAAUGAACCCCUUGGUUUGCUUAGAACCUAAAUAAAAAAAUAAAAUCGAAUUGAUGUAGAUAUUAAAAGGCAUUGAAUUAUUAUUGUUAAUAAUAUAAUAUAUUAUAUAAAAUUACUAAGUACCAUAUUUUUAUAGGUUUUUCGUGCAAUUUAAUUUUAUUGAAAAAAUAAUCAUACGUAUCAUUAUUAUGAUAUAACGCCAUAACUGUGUAUAAAUGAUAAUAAUAAUAAUACCUUAUAAACAUAUAAAUUAUAAUUAUUGUUUAUGUAUCAGCAAUAUCUUAUUAACUAUUUUAUUACUCGAUGCACAUACUGUAUUUAAAAAAUAGGUUAAUUGAGAUAAUCAUUUGAUACAAAAUAUACGAUUAUGUAUUUUUUUUUUUUAGUAAUGUGUACCCGUGCGGUUGUUAUUAAUAUAAUAUAUGCGAUAAAAAAAAAAUAACAAUGCCAAUUAACUGAAAUUUUCAAAUAUUUCCACGUAUUGACGGUAUCGUUGAACUUCUUAAUUAAAUUCUACAUAAAACAUAAUAAUUAUAUCAUUCGUAAACAAAGUAUGAAUGUUAUUUUAUAAAUUCUAUUAUACUACGUUUUUUUCGUUUUUCCGUUUUUUACGUUUUUUUUUUUAUAUGGUAUUGAUGAUGUCAUUUUUAAUUUGUUCAUACCUAUAGGCUUUGGAGGCACAUUUUAUAGGGUAGAUAAGAAUAUUCUAAUUUUAACUAUUUUGUUGGCAUUUAAUUUUGUGAUAUAAGACUAUAGUUUUGCCCGUGUUAGAAUUGAACGAAACAAACACAAUUUUAAAAACAUGUUUCUCCGUAACUCCCUGUUUCAACCCCGUUUCUAUCAGUUAACCGGUGUUUCUGAAAAUUAAAAAAAAAUUAAUUUUCUUUAAUUUCCUCUUAAUUCUCUAGUGUUUGAAUUUUGAACAAAUCCUUUCUUAGCGGUUGCCUCCCGAGCCUUCUAUUCGCGCCUAUGCUACAAACGUUCCCCGAUUUUCAAUGAAUAUGUGUGUAGAAUUUGGUGUCAUUUGAUUUGAUAGUUUUUAAGUCUAUACGAACGAAUCACAUCCAUUUUUAUAUAAGUAGCUUAAUAUGGACGGCUAACAAUACUUGGAAAGGCAAAAUUUGGAAAAUAAUAAUUACGACGUCAAAGUUCAUGAAAGUGUAUAAUAAAGUUAUUUUACAAAUUUAGUAUUUCCAUGUUUUACGUUUUCCAAGUUAUGCCUUUAUGCAUUUUUCCGCGUUUUUAUUAAUAUAGUUAAUAUAGUAUUUAAUUAACUACUUUAUUAGUAGUAUACAGUGUGUCUCACCAUGUUCGACGAAUUUUUCUAGCGCUGUUAAUAUUAAAUUUGUUUAGGUUUUAUUUUUUUCAAUCGGUUUAUCUUCGAGAGGGACAUCGAUUUGAAGAAAAAUUAAAUUUGUAUAAAAUUGAAAUUUUAACAAUUUUCUAAUAUUAAUAAAUAACAUGUUAUUUUUUUUUUUUUUGUGUUUAGGGAAGAAAAUAAAAAUGUCUCCAAAUCGAUAUCCCCCUCAAAAACAAACUGAUUGAAAAAAAAAAUCGAAAAAAUUCAAUAUUAACAGCACUAGAAAAAUCUGUCAAACAUGGUGGGAUACACUGUUUAAAUAUAUUAUUAUUAUAGUAUUUACACAAUAUAUCCCAGAGAGCUUAUACACUUUAAUGUAUCUGAUGAAUAAUUCGGGCCACUGAUCCACUGCUGUAACUCACAUCAUUAUCGUCGCAAUAUUCUGCUCACAAUUUAAAUUUGCGAUGACUGAUGGGCGAUAUUAUUAUUGCUUGAGUUAACCACAACAGCGUUUAUAUAACAGUGAAAAGGUAUAACGAUGAUCGAGUACCAGCUAUUUGCCCCCUACUCACUUACGUCGAAAUAAGACAAGUCGUACAGUACCCGACAUUGACUUUUCAAAAACGGAAACAUGCAGUAUUAUAUUCCACUCGCAGUGAUAACCUUAUUGUUCUUAACAAUAACACCCCGAUUAUUUUUCGAUUUGAAAUUUGACGAAAUAUUAUCGUACCAUUAUAAUAUCAAAAUGGCAUUUUAAACGAGAUUUCCGUUUAAUCUUUAUAUAUUAAUCUGAAAUAAUAAUCAAAUAGCGAAACUCAUUUAUCUUAAAUUAUUUUAUAUAUCUACUUAUAUUUUAUUAUAUUAUUAUGAUAAUCAUUCUGCGUUCGUUCGUCCGAUAGAAUUCCACGCGAAAUUUCGAGUAAUUAUUCUACCUACGGGUACGCGUAGCAGAAGCGAUCUAAUAAUUUUUAUUCGGAAAAAAAGUAUCUCGAGUGUCUUUAGUCGAACGCGGCUGUAACCCGUAUAUCAUUAUAGGUUAGUUUGUAGUAAAGGUCGAAGAACAUUACGGUGUAAUCGAAUAAUCCCGCAAGAGUAUCUAAUAGUAGGAGUAUUCUAUUCCCGAGUACAUUUUGCGUCCAUUUCGUCUCCGAUUUAACGCGGAAUCUUCGGGGAAACACGACUAUAGUAAAUAUAGUAGUAGUAGGAGUGUACCCAUGUGAACACACAUGUAUAUAUAGAUGCCUGGUACACUCUACUGGAGUUUUUCACUGGAUCACAUUUGACAUUUAUACAGGGUAAAUUAAAUUUAUUACGUUCCGGUUACGCACCUACCGCCGUACACGGCGUUAUCGAUUUCCAAGCAUUAGCAAAACUGCGACUGUCCACGUAUAGAGUACGUUAUUUACAAAACGGUUCGGAACCAUUUGAGGUGCGAUCGAGGCUGUGCCCGGAAAAUGCGCCACUAUAUCCAACAUUGUUUAAUCUGACCUUUAAAAAAAUUACAAGUGGCACGAACGAGCUAUACAGAAAACGGAAUUAAGCAAAAUAGAGAAUUGAUUAUACUGGGAAACGCUGACUGCAGAUAUUGUUGUACAAUCAACUACAAAACCUACUCAUAGACAUCAGUAGGUCAACGGGGUCUAUUAUGUGUUAAUGACGAUAAAACUAAGUACGUGGCGGCGGAGCCUAAGAACAGUUUAAAUGUAAAUGAUCUAUGGGUAGGUUAUCUUAAAUCCGGAACAGAUAUGAAAGCCCGGAGUAAAUGUAUUAUCGACAUCAAAAGUAACACGCACCGAGAAAUAAACGAAAGAAUUAUGAGCAGGAACAGACGCUAUUAUCGCGGUACAUAAUGAAGAUUCUAAAGUCAAAAUCGUCGUCGUGCAUACAUCAAAGGUACGGUUGCGCGUACCAUAGAUAUCUACGACUUAUACGCACUUACUCUUCAAUAAAAACAAUAGUAUUCGAACGAAAAGUACUCAACAACAUAUUGUUAUAAUAUGUAAACUGCAACGGUCAAAGUAAAAAUAUGUUUGAGCGUCAAAACCACGCCGAAAUACAAUGAAAAUUGUAUCAGCAAGGCUACAACAAGCCAGAUAUUCUAUUAUUGUUUAUCAGAAGUAAACGACUGGAAAAUUAUUUGGCCAUAUAAGGAGAGCUCAGAACGGACGGUCAAGUGAAAAAAAAAGUAAAGAUACCGGCGGAAAAAAUAAAUAGGGCUGUUCGGAAGAUUGUUGGAACGCGGUGAUUUGAGGAGGUCGUUUCCGCCAACAAUUUUAUUUUCGUUUCCAUCAACUGUCGUUAUCCCAAAAAUGAAAACAUGAAAAAGGUUCGAUUUUCGUUUUCACCUACUUAAGUUUGUAGUUUGAGAACCAUUUAGAGUUAUCCAGCAGUCAUUAUAAAGAGGCGGUUUUCAUUGACUUUCCAACAUUUUUUUCUGCAAAUUCUAUUAAUCACAUCCGCAAGUUAAUAUACUGUCAAAACUUAUUGAGAAUAAUUGUCGAGCCUUUUUUUUUUUUUUUUUUUUUUAAUAUAGCGUGAGUACGUAACAUAUAUGUAGCAGCUAUUAUGCGUGCAUUAUAAUUUAUAUACUUCAAUAUCAAAUCGUGGUUUGUCCUAAAUCUGUAUACAUCUACUGAUAGCCCAGAUUACCAUAAUUUACGGCUAGGGGUUCUCAAACAAUAAUAAUAUAUUUAUUGAGGUAGGAUUUUAGAUUUGGCGGGUGCCUGUAAAAUCGAACAUUUUUCAUUUCGGUGGGAACUGUAGUUGGCGGCAACGAUUGGCGCCCUUCAAAAGAGGUAUUUCUCAGAUCCGAAUGACGCGGUCCGCGGGCGUCCGUCGUUUCCGGCAAAACGAAAAAGACCGUCGGAUCCGAAAAAAAUUGCGGCUUUCCGAACGGCUUCAUUGUGCAGCCUUUAAUGCCGGUUAACAUUCGCGAUACCUUUAUAAAACACCGGGCCUAUUACGGGCCUUAAUGUACCGGCAGACCGAGGAUGGAAACGUUAGAUUUGUUACGUUGCAGCGGGUACACACGACCUUGUGUGCCGUCGUCGUCGCACACCGCGAUAUCGAUUCGAUGCGGUUUCGAACGGGGGUGUGCGGAUGCGGCUGCGGACGUCGUACAGAGUCGUCCGUAAUGUUAUGUACGAACGUUGCGUGGGUGGGUAUUUGGUAUUACAAUAAUAAAACACCGCUUCCGAUACACGCCGUGUUCGUGAUACCGUCGUUAUUAUCGUUAUCGUAUUAUUCCGUUUCUGCGGACCGCCGGGUUGUUAUCAUCACUGUACGUACACGCAGCCUACCGCGUUAUUCCGCGAGCGGGGCGGCAGUGAGGGGCGGGGGGAAUCGUUCGAGGUGAUAUUUCGGCGGACGUGUGCAGCGUAUCGACUGGCUUAUAUGCGUUGGCGUAUAUUAUUGUGUUACUGAUAAUAUCACUGCGUGUUCUUAUCGUUGUAUCGACAGUGCGGCGGGUGCCCGUAUCUGUCUUGUGUCACGGCAGGCCCGUAGCAAAAACGUCGGAUGGGGCGAAUCAAAUUUUAAGAGGUGGGGGGGGGUGAAAAUAUUAGAAAAUAAAACAAUAUAAAUACGUAUACAUUUUUAAGGCUUGUUGGAGAGGGGGCGACGAUCAGGUCCAGGCGGACAAUGCGCCCCGUGGCCACGGGCCCGUGUCGCAAAUGCCCGAAUCUCGGCCUUCACCGCUGGAAAUAUUGCGACGCUUGAGUAAACAUUCAUCACUAUAGCACAAGAUUGCAACGACAUUUCGUGGGACGUGAAACUAUUAUGACAAUAAGAGGGCCGUAAUUCGGCUGUAUAAAAACUACGCGGCAAAAUAACUACUCGAGCUAUGGACACAAUCAGGACUCGAAUGAUUUUUUUCGUAAUUGUGACAUCAACAAAAUUCGAAUCAACUACGCACAGCGCAAUUUCUCUUUGAUGAGGUGAUGGUGAAUAUUUGAUUGUUCGCUUAAAUCCAUAACCCGAGUAGUUUUUCCCCGUGCGAAACAGUUUCUUCGUUUCAUGUUUACAUAAUAAAUACUUGUGAUAGUGGCACGGCCACACGGGAUUUCUCCGACAGUAGCGUACACUCUAAAUUAAAUUGGAGAAUUAAUUUAAAUGGCUAGUAGGUAUUACACACAUCACGAAACCCCCAACAAAACUCUUCAAAUCAGAUAAGCGUUUGCUUGGCAACAUUCUUUAAUUAUUAAUUUAUACGAUAAAUUUCUUUGUAGUUUUUAAAAUUAUUAUACAUAGAUAUUUUCAGGCCAUCAUUAUCACCGUCUACUCAAAUUUCUGGGAUAACAGCUGGUACCCCAGAACCCAUAAUUGUGCACUAGUGGACUACUCUUAAGUAUGUUUGAAAGUGAAUUUGAUUAUUUGUGAAGACUAUUUUUUUUUUUUUUUUUUAUUUACUCACAUGUAUAAGGACUAUACAUAUUUAUAUUUCAAUUGAUUUUUAUGUUUUAGUAAAAAAAUUAAAGAUAUAAAUUUGUAUUUCAUUAUUUAUGAAAAAUUCGAAAAUAGCAAUUUCAUAGAGUUUAUUUUUAUGAACAUGUUGACGUAUCAACUUUUUAUUUUCAAUAAAUUCGUGAUUUUUAAAAAAUGUUUAAAGUUCGGAGAAAAAAAGUGUAUAGUCAGGUAGCCAUAAUAAUAAUUAUGUAGAUAUUUUAUAUUAAACAUAAAAAUAUAAUAAGAUAAACGACAUAAAUUGCUCGAACGCAUUUUACAAAAAUGUUUUUUAACGGCAGAGUUCUUAUUUUCUCCACUCAAUGUCAAUUCUGUUUACCGGUAUUUAAUAUUUAUUAAUUUGAUAAAAAAAAAAAGUAUUUACGCGUCGUAAUUUUGUAUAUACAAGUGGACUGUAGGGGUCGAAGUCAAUACUUCAAAGUAGGAUUUUAUAAAUUUUCGAUUUCUGUUAUGAGGCCGUUCACACUUGAAUUUUAAACGUUUUUUUUUUAUUUCUCGUCACUUCGUUUAUAGAAAUAAAAAAUAGAAUACUUUUUAUAUAAUAUUAUAUAGUGAACGAGUUAUUAUUAUUAAUCUAUUUGGUUAAUUAUAAAUAAUUCAAAGGUAUUAUUUUCAGUCGAUGAUUGUUUUUUAUACGACAGUUUAUUGAAAAUAUAUCAGCGACAAGGAGAAGGGGUGUGCAGAACCCUUAUGCCACCCUCCUCUCGUCAAUCCGUCACAAUAAAUAUAAAAUUAAUUAAUUUUUUUUGUCGUGAAUUUUUUUUUUUUUUUUUUUGAUAAGGCAGGGUUUCACUUUUAUCUUUUUUAUGAUCCGUUAAAUACGAAAAAGGGUUUAAACGGUUAGAUUUAUAGGAUAUUAUUAUUUUAAUGUUAUUCAAUCCGUUUCGCGAUUAUUGUCGGUCGUUUGUCGAUAUUUCACUAUCGUUGUGGAAUAUCCGUUUUAUCUUCGUAUAAUAUAUAUGAAACGUAGAACAAAAUAAUAUAAUAUUAUUUCGAAUCGCAAUAAUAAAAAACUAAUGGACAAACAUGGAUGUCUACGGGGAACUUCAACCAACCCGUCCACUUACCACCCCCUUGUUAGUUAUUUCACACUGCACAAACUUUGCCGCUGCCGCUGUCGUUGGCUCGACUUGGCCGGUUUCCGCUGUUAUUUGCACUUAAUGUCCGAAUCAUUAUUUGUCAAACAUUUGACGUUGAGACGUGUUCAAAAAAAAAAAAAUAAAUAGCUGAUACUCGAUAACACAUGACACGCGUAACAUGUAACACACAACUAGUCAUACUAAUGAUUAUAAAUACCAUUCAUAAUAGUAAUUUAUGUAAUUAUAAUCAAUGUUGGUAGUCUUGUUGCUCUAGAUAUUAAAAUGGCUAUUUCUAAGAAACUAUUGAUAAGACAUGAAUUAAUGAUAAGACACAUUAACAUUUUUAGAAUAUUAUAUUUUAUAAAUUGACUAUACUGAACAUUUUUAAAACCGUGAAAAAAUAAAAAGUAAUUUUUUUUUCAGUGAUUCGCGUACUAGGCAUUUUAGAAUUUAACAAAAAAAAAAAAAAAAAACAAAAACAUAAAAACAACCACAGCCCAUGCUGUAAACAAGCUUAUCGAUCGGAUUUUUAGACGUCCAACAUUGUAUUAAUUAUACAUAAAAGGCGAUACUUUAUUCAUUUUAAAGAAUGAUUACUUUUUUUUACAGUGUUUUGAGUAUUCAUUUUUAGAGUUUUUAAGUUGUUAUUUUUUUUUUUUUUGUACAAACACAAUAUUACACCAUCAUUUGUUAUUGUAUAUAUAUAUAUAUAUAUAUAUAUUUGAUACGUUAACACUCUAUGUACAUAGCUAGAGGAGUAAGUAUACGAAAAGUUUAGAUUUGAAGUGUGCUGGACAAACGUCGAAAUAAUGAUAUACGUCAGUUGCCCAGCAAUUCAAUAAUACGCUUCUUCACUCUUCUACAAACUUUAAAUACUUAUGAAUAAUUGACGUAAUAUCUUUUCGGUGUACAACGUAAGAUUAAUAAUUAUAAUAAUAUAUUUCGAAUUCGGAUACGGAAUUAUUAUGAUGUUGAGAGAAGCGAAAACACGACUCCAGGCUAUAUAGACUUAUUUAAGAAAACGUAUGUUUGCGAAUUGCGAUGGAAAAAAGAUAAUUUGCACUGUGCAACGUUGAUUUUAUUUUUUUAGUAUCUAAAAACUGUACGUAAAAAAAAAAAAAACAUUAUUUAAGUUUAAAAAUAAAAUAAUUUUAAAUUUUACCUGCUCGAAUAACUUUUUUUCUAAUAUUGAUACCGAAAAACUAAAACCAUUGUUGCAAAAUGUAAGUUCUCUAGUUCUAUGGGGAAAAUCUAGUUUUACCUGCGUGAAACGGUUUUUCGUAAACAUUUUUGUUCGUUUCACGGUUAAUAAAUAAAUACUAGUGAUAACGACAUAUGAAUAAAUCUUUAUGAAUAACUUAAAAGUGAAUUGGAAUAUUUUGGUGUUGAUAAAAUUUCAUUUUUCCAAAUCUUAAUAGACAAAAAAACGUGACAGUCAGAGGUGAACUGAUACAAAUGCUUAGAUUCGUUUACGAUAUUGCCUUAAAAGGAAAAAAAAUGACAAAUAUUUGGAGAUUACAUCGGAAGAGAUGUAGAACUGUAGAAGAAUACAACCCUAAGAUAAUUUAGCAAAAAACUAAGGUUUAUCGGUUAUUCUGAAAACAACAGAUCCAAAGACUUCAAAUUGAAUAGAAUAAUAGUAAAACGUUACAAAUAUCUAGGCAUUUGAAUCAUUCGUUGCGUUAGAGCGCUCGGAAAAUCAAAUCUAGUAUUGCAUAAGGACCAUCAACUGCAUUUACGAACCAUUAGAAACUGCACCAAGAAUAUAAGCGUGUGUGUGAAAAAAAAAAAAUUAUGAAAGGGUUAGGAUGCGCGGUUGAUAGGAGGAGCAGAAAAAAGCCAAUAUCUAUUAGAAAACGUCAAACUAUGGCGGUGGCGAGAAACGCCGGAGUUAACUGGACCGAAUUAAGCAUCGCCGACAACGUAUUUACAUAUAUGCGUAUGAUGAAAUGGACGAAUCGUCUAGAGAGUUAUUAAUAUCAAUCAAAGAAUGGAUACGGACGUUUAUUGGAUACACACGACGAGUUUCACCGUGAAACGAUCGAAGGACGUGUGCGCGCGACCGGCGCUCGUCAAACGAAUAUUUAUUAUUUUUCUAACGCCGGGCUAUACACGGACUCGAACGGACUAUAGCCGGCGACCGCGGGCUAGGACGAAAUGGACGCGCAAUAAGGUUGCAAAACUACACCCGGGGAAUCCGAACCGAAGCGGAGAACGGACACAAUGCGGUACGAUUAUCGUAUACAAAUGAGGUGUGGAUAAUUUUUUUCGGCGCCGAAACGCGACGGCGUAACGACUCGUGCCGAUUUCCGUUUUCUCCCCCGGCCGCGUUUCGACCGGGCGAAAUUGUUACCGUUGUCGCGGUCUAACGUUGUCCGGGAUCGCGUGUUUUCUAUUUGUUCGUUUCGAGGCCGUUGUCGCCGCGCGCGACGCAAGGCCGCCGCCGUUCGCGUGUACGCGGCGUCCGGAUAAUCUCGGCCCGUAAUCGCGCGGCCGUUGGACGCGGGGCCCCGCGCAUCGCGACACUACACAACGUUAUUGUUGCCGUUAUCGCUGGUCGCCCGGAGUUCGCGCGCGGCCAGGCGAUCGAACGGAACGUAACCGUUAACAGCGUACCGCGGGACGCCACCGCGGUGCGACGGCCGGCCGCCGUGCCGCGGCGACAACAGUGCGACGAUAAUAUUAACACCGGCGGUUUCGGCGGGGGGCCGCGGUGAUCAAACUCGCGUUUCCGCCGCGCGCGCGGCGCCAACGCAAACAAUAAUAAUUACUAAUCUCGUUACACGUACGCGCGUCUCGGAAAAACAAAUUGCGGCGGCGGCGGCGGUGUUUUAAUGUAUUCCCGUACGGCUUACACGGCUCCCGUACACUUUUGCGCUGCGUAUCGCGCGAAUUCGUGUAUAUUUAAUUAAAUCACAACUUGCCGCGGUCUCUCGUCUGUGUAAAUACGAAAUCAUUGUAUUAUUAUCGUAGUGUACACGCGUGCCCGAAUCGGAUUAUAACCGUCGCCGCCGCCGACGGCGUACGAAACGCGACCCGGGAUUCGCACGCGCGCGCCGACUACGGACGUUUACUAUGCCAUCGAGGCGCCGCACGCAGAGAAAAAUGGCCGAGAGAAUGGAGUCGACCUUACCGCCGGAAUAAGCGCCGAAAAUCGGAACACGUUAUGCGAUCGUUACGCGAAUCCCGGUUCGGUUUACCGACAGUGAACCUACACCCGCAGUAGGUGCGGCGCGAGACCGACUUGCACGUUAUUAUUCGCACGGCAACCGAAUUAUCGGAGACGAACGGAAUGUUGUCCGACAGGAUCGACGAUAACAGCCGGUUAUUCGCGUUUGUAACCGUACCGUUUGGAUUUUCUAAAUGAUGCGCGAAAAAUAGACGCGACAAAUUUCGCACGUAUGACAUCAGUGAAAUAUAAAACAAAUUUCGCGGCACGACGUCAGUGUGUGUUCUAGGGGUGUCACUGAUAAUGAUACGCGAGCGCUAAUAUUAUGCGUACUCCGUAGCCCCCCAAUUAUUGUACUAUAUUAUUAUUUUAACAGCCUAUUCGAGUCUAGUACUCGACUUUUGACGAAUUCUCGAGUCGAGUACAGUAGUACAGGACACGAAAAAUUCAAGAUUCUGAACGUGGCGAGAAAUUUAUUGGUUUUACUAUUAUGUGCGUUUUGUUGUGUGUGUGUGUAAACAACUAUUCUACAGGAAAGUUUACUCCGAUUAAAAACUUUAUCGGAACUCUCUUGUAUCAAUUUUUUUUUUUUAUCUAAUUUGUGUAUUUCCGGCAAUCCCCUUCACCUUUUGAUUAUCCGUGUAGUUUUAUUAAUAAAUGAGGAAAACCGGCUAUUGAUUGUAUAAUUUGUGUUGAUUUCUGUGUUACUUUGGCAACAAGAGGUAAAAUACGGCUAAUUAUUGUAUCUGGUAGUUAAAAAAUAGGCACCGAUGAACGGUUAUCGUUUAGGAAGGCGUAUUUUUGUUAUGGCAAAUUCAAAGCAGAGGCAGAUUUAAGAGGGACGCCAGAUAUUUCGGCCGUUAGCUAUAGUCUAGGUCAAUAGACUAGGUUUUUGUGAAAAGUUGUGACGUAAAACUUAAAAGGAACGAAAUGUAUAAAGAUAUGAUUUAUAUAAGUAUUGGCAAUAUCCGUUUUGAUGACGAUAUCCGUUUUGAAAAACUUUAGGCGAUUCAUCAUCAGAUAUUAUCUAAGCAGCUACGACUAAAAUAUAGUUUAGUCUGACUAAAAAGGAGGUCGAUCGCCAUCCCUCCCCUCCCCCUUGAUCUGCCUUUAUGGAUCGGAUUUCAAAAUAACUCGAUGACUUGAAAAUGGCUUUAACUAACCGAGGUGAUAGCAUCGUGCGCAAGUAUAAUAAACGGUAAAGUUUAAACUGUUUAGUCGGAAUCAUUUCUCGAUUGCAAUCCGAUUUGUCGUAGGUACUUAUACAGUUUUCGAUAUAUUUCGAAUAAAAUAUAAUAACAACCCCUAUGUAUGCUCUACCCGUAACCUAUAAACAAACCUUAUCAAAACCCAAACUAUAGUGCGUGAUAAUAUUAUAUAUUAUUGUAAGUACGUCUUAUCCGUUUUAGACCCCGGAUGUUAUGGCGUGCAAACUUCGAUGUUACGCGCGACCCGCAUUUUCGCACGAUAUUUUUCCCUAAUAUUAUUAUUUGAUAUCCGUUCGUAUUUGGUCGUUCGGUUUUAUGACCAAUUAUGCUUAAAAGUCUACAUAUGUAUAUAGAAAUACAAUAACUUAACACGGCGGGCUUAAUCGAAAUUUGUCGACGGAUUUUUAACGAUUGGUAUCUGCGUAGGUACCUAUAUUCCUAUACGUUUUCUUAUUGUACGCUUCGGGGCAUUAAGAUCGUUUGGAUUUAUUCCAACAUUUUGGACGAAAAUCCCAUAAAUUACAUCGUUGGGCGAAGGUGUGGCAAAAAAAAAAAAAAAUCUGCGAGAGAUUUUCCCCACGAUAAUGCGUGUAUAUAUACGUACAUCGCGAAGAAAAAUCGUUCGCUUUCGAUAUAAAUUAUUAUCGGUUUCUCCUACCUCUGCAGCGUACAUUGAAAACCUAUUGUCCGAUAUCAGCUGUGACUUUAAUUUAAGUAAAACCGUGCGUUUAGCUAUACCUAGUCAGAACCGCAAUUGUUUGGAAAAAUUUGAUACAUUUUGUUUUUUUAUUGUUUGUACAAUCGUUAAAACUAAAAGCUGAGUUUGAGAUUUUACAAAUCUAUAAAAAUAAAAAAAGGCUGAUACUGCUGGUGAAUGUGCCACUGUUUUAGGAGGGACGAGAUUUUGGACGAGAUAAUACAUUUACAUUGAUAUUUGUACGCAAAGAUAAGCCAUUGAAAGUGAAAAACGAUUCUGAGCAAAGUAUUAUUAGUCGUACUUGUUCACAUUUUUGUCAAGAUAAUCCGAAAAUCAACAAAAUAUACACAAAUAAUUGUUUGUUUUACCCAUUUAUUAAAAAAAAUACAAACAUAAUCAAAAAAUUGACUUUAAUUCACCUAGUAAAUUAAAAAUUCAACAUUUGAGUUUCAUACAAUUUUUGAUUAUAACUCGGAUUUAUAAUAGACAUGUUGUUUUUAGACAUUAGACAUAUACAAAAAAUUCGCAUAAUAAACACCAAUACAUUCCGUUUUUUGCUUAGAAUCUAAAAAAUAACAAUUUGCAUACGCUAUAUAUAUGUAUUUUAUUUUUUAAAUUCAAAAAUAAAUGUGACAAAUACUGUGGUCAAGUGAAAUAUAUAUAAGCUGAACAUAUUAAAUAUCCCGGAUUUCGUUCGACGCUUUUGAUUUUUUUUUGUACGCAAGCAGAUAUGACUUGAUUUUAUUUUUGAUUACAACGAGAAAUACAUUUUAAAACCUAAAUGUUUUAGCUAAUUUCUGUUUUUAGAUUCUGAGUGAAGCGAGGGAACUAUGUUUUACUAUGAUGUGUGUUUGUUAUUUUUUCUGUCUGUAUGCAACUUUUCUCCUAGAAAUCUUGCUCCAAUCGAAACAUGACACGAGGCCUUUUUUGUUGAAUUUUGGCUCUAUUCAGUAAUAGAGGGUUGGUCAUUUUUUCGAAAUUCCCACUAAUAUUCAAGAUAACGAGGAAAAACUGGUUCUUUAGGUUAAAGUAGAUUUAAAGAUUAAAAUUAAAGGUGUCAUUGGCAACCGUUUUAAUUAAUUUUUUGUUAUUAUUAAGUUUUUAUGAUUUUAAUCUUUUAAUAUUUUUUAAAAAAUUGUUUUUGUUGUGCAAACGCACAUUGUUAAAAAGGCAAUACCGACCGAGCUCCGUUCAGAACCAUUUAAAAAAUUUGAGAUUUAUUUUCAAACAAAUCUGUACAAAUUUUUUAAAAAAAAUAGCAUUUUUGAGUUUUUUUUUCACAUUUCUUUUUGCUUAUUUUAAUAAUUGUAAGUGCUUGUAUUCAAGUAUUUUCGCGAUUUUUUCAGUGCUCAUUUCGAUGAUUAUAAGUACUUAUAGUACCGUAUCCUGGAUUAUUAUAUGUACAUUAUAAUAAUAAGUUUACUAGUUUUAUAAAGACGCGUUGCAUUUCGUACCCGGCGGUCUUUAUACGAAACAUUCCCUUUAUAAAUUUUUCAAAAAAAGAAGGAAAAAUGCUCUUUAUUUCUAUAUUGAAAACACGUUUUUCGUGAGUUUUCCUAUCUUUUUUAUUCGGUAGAUUUUUUAAGAGGAUUAGCCCGUGACACAUCAUAUUAUACAGGUACACCUCACCGACGAAACACAAUAAUAAUAUUAUUAUCACUACUGCAGAAAAGCGCGAUGAAAGGUCUUUAUACUCGGUUCGUUAUUGGUUAUAAUAUUCUGUACAGUAAACAAAACUCUAACGGUAUUAUAGCGGGAGCUGCUUUAUUCAUAUUAUUCUUCAUUGAAUUAUUUAGCUGCACCGGGAUCGGUAUUAUACGGCUAAUUCGGAGUACACGCGCUGCAAAUAUCGUAUAUCAUAAUAUAAUAUUAUUUGAUGUAUUUCGAACUCUCCUAUAUAUAUAUGUAUAUAUUAUAUUAACUAACUCUUUAAAUUCGCAGGCGUUCCUGAAACAAUAAUAAUAAUAAUAAGGUUAGGUUUGAUUUUUUUUUUAAUAUAAAUAUGUUGUUUUUCUUAAAACCCCCCUUUUUUUUUUACACGUUUGCGUCCGUAGAGAUUUCCAGAGUUGUUUUAAUUUAAAUGAGAUAUCAUACCUACAAUGUUGAGCGACAAUGUUGUUCACAACAAUAUAUUACGGUAAAAACAAAAAAAAAAAAACAAAAUCAGAUCAGAAAAUAUAGAUUUCAUUCAUAAAAAUCACUUUUUUUUCCUCGGGGAUCGUUCGAGAGUAAAUAUAUCAGUUUAAAAUGAAAUAAUUAUGAACAACGUCCGAGGAAAAAGUGCUUUAAAUUACUUUCUCGAUAGGAACGAAACGUUCUUAUUCGUCUCUCACCCAUUCGCCGACGCCACAAACAAUUACGGGUAUACCGUACACAAUGAAAAUAUGACUGAACCGUGGGUGGCGGGGAACGGGUAAUCAGAGCUCAGAGUUCGGGUAACGGCGGACAAAUCGAUUCGCACCGCUUGCGUUUUCCGUUCGGUUAGCCGACGGCCGAUGGCGUGUGUACGCCGCGCGUUACACAACAAUGCGUCCUGCGUGAUAAUCACGUCGGUCGCGUGCCCGCGAUGCGCAACACGGUCGGCGUUGAACAUACGGAACACUCGCGUUUCCGUCGCGGGCCAUUUCGCGCGCGCGAACACGCCCGAAAACCGGCGAAAAUCCCCCGCGCCGCCGCGCGAAAGUAAACGCGAAUCGAAACGUGCCGCGGGUUUGGUUCGUUUGGUUCCGCGGCCGUCCCCGGCGUCAAUGGCGACAAAUGCGUCGCGAUAACGAUUUCGCGGCCCUCCCCCCUCACCCCCCCGGCGGCCCCGUAUAGGCACGCGCGUAAAUUACCAUCGCACGCACCGCGGUGCUAUCGCUCACGUUACUGCGGCGCGGCCGCUGUUCCGAGCGCGUUAAUCUCGACCGUGCGCGCGUCGUCGCCGUCGGCGUUAAUUCAAUUAGCCGUGAACUCGGGGCGACCUAUGACCCAAAUGGUCUAACGACAAAACGCCCGAUAACAAUAACAAUAACAACAACAACAACAACAACAACAACAAUAAUAAUAAUAAUAAUAUUACGAUAAUGCGCGGGCAGCCGGGCUCGGCACCGGCUACCGCCCGCCCCGGGGACCGUGCGGUAUAACGGACGCGCGGAAGCGUUCAGACGCGGACCCGGAACGAAAAUCCGGCGUACGGGCCUGUACACAUUUUGUCGAGCGCGGCGAGAUUUGCCGGGUUAUCGACCGUCAUAUUGCCAAAUCGUCCGGCGAUGACGUAUUGGUUUUCAAUAAAGAAAAAAAAAAAAAUCGCGUCUAAUAUUCAAAUUCGAAUACGAAAUAACAUCGAGAUAAUUUUUUUUUUUUUUUUUUUAAUCAAAACCAAAUCAAUACACAAGUAAUUAAACCGCCCGUUCAAAAACGAUUUCCCGUCAAUAGAAAAUAAUACGUACUUAUGUACAGUAUUAAUUUUUAAUUUAAUGUAAACAUUGAAGUCCGAGCCGUUCUGACAACGUUAUCCGUUAAUAUUGUUUAAGCAGUAUCAAUUCGUGUUAAUUCUGAUUAGUUUAAAAAAUAAACAUUGCAAUUUACAAUUUUUAUUGCAACGAAUUGCAAUACGGAAUAUGAUGAUAUUUUGUUCUGUGGUGUCGUGCUUUUCUUUUAAUGGUUGUUUUCAUUAAGGGUCUGCGCGAUUCGAGUUUGUUUUAUUUUAUCACUCUGUUAUUUUUAAUUAUUUCGAAUACAAUUUAGAUGGGUACAAGUCCUACAGCAAAACGGAAUUCAAACUCAAACAAAUCCGGAUUUUUUCCAUCGCGCAUAUCAUUACUCGGGUCGAUUUUAUACAAUUACGGUUUAAACGAUAUUACAACAAUCCGACUUUAACGUGUUUAAAAUAUUAUCUCUCGUGUUAAAUCUUUGAGUAUUAAAAUUUUUUAAAUUUGAUUUACGUUUUAUGACUGUAAACAUUUAUGCAAUAUUAAAAAAAUAUAUAUAUAUAUAUAUAUUUUAUAUUUUUAAGGGUGAUCCUCCGGUUACAUAAUAAUAUAAGAACUAUCGAAAUCCCGCGAGUGAGUUUUUAAUUUUAUUAUUAGAGAUGUAGGGACUGGGUGAUAGGUGAAUUUUUGGAAAUCGAAAUAUUUUUUUUAAGCAAAUAAAAAUUCGCUGCACAUAUUGAAUUACGGAACGCCGGGGUAAAGUUUAUAAACACGUAUUAUAUUUCCUACUAGGAAUCGAUACAACGCCUGACUAUUUGAUUUGUAUUUCAACGGAAAUUGUCACAUGUUUUAGUUUUGCUUUCAAAAUAAUACGCGUCAAAAAAAAAAAAAAAAAUAUAUAUAUAUAUUAAUAUAUCGAAAUCAAAAUUUCAUAAAAUAAUGUUAUUAUUAUAAAGUUCUGAAUAAACUAACUUCUGUGGACCAAACUUGUGCAGCUCUCUCUCCGGUUUCUCUCGAAAAACUAUUGACACGAUCACUACGUAGUAAUAAUAUAGAUGAAUAAUACGAAUAAUAAUCACGUGUCUUGUAGAUUAUUUUACCGCAAUGAUUUGAAUAUUUCUGACCUUUGUGCGUAACCGUGUUUUUAAAUAUACACCGUUAAAAAUGAUUAGGUGUCUAACUUGCUAUUUAUAUCUAUACAUAUAUUUUAUACACAGUGAAUAAUUUAUUUGUUGUUUACAGUGCAGUCAACAAUGUUUAAUAUUAUGCUAAUCAAUUCACUUCAAGUAUGAGUACAGACUACCAAGGAGGGAAACAAAAGGGUCGCGCAUAAAAACUAAUUUUACGAUCCAAUUCGUUUUUUCUCAAGAGUUCACUAAAUUCAAUUAAAUCGUCACAUUUAAAACAAUUUUAAGGUGUAUGAAAUCGAAAAACUAAAAUACAUAACAAAUUAAAAUAUUUAUUAAUAUUUUAAUUUUGUUUUGAAAUUGGGUCUCGGGUUAGUUUGGCUUAUUAGAUCAACUUUGGAACUAGUUUUCAAUACAAACAAAUCAAUUUUUGAAUAUACGUACACUUGUGUAUAAACUAUAAUACACUGCGUAAACUAAAAUAUUGACAUGUAUGCAAUUUAGACAGAAAAAUAAAGAGGAAAUAAUUACAUAAAUAAAAAUUAUAAAAAAAAUGUCGUAAAUUGACUCAAGGCCUUUUUUUCCAGGACCAAAUAUGUAUAAUAGUCUAUGUAUUUUAUUGUAUUUAUAUAAUUUCUUGUUUUAAAGCAAACGGUUUUUUUUCUUUUGUAGACGUGAAUUAAUAUUUAUAAAUUUCACGUCGUGUAUUUAUCGCUCCAGUAAUGUAUGUGUAUUAUUUUAUUAACGAAGCUUAUAAAUUUUAGUUAAGUACUUAACAUAAUUGUAAAUAUUUGUUAUCGCUUAACUAUUAAGCACAAAAACUUUUGAUAAUUAUUAAAAAAUAUAUAUUCACCUGCACUGUGCAUCACAAAAUUCUGGAAGUCCUGUUUAUGAUGAAAACAUUAUUUUACACUACGUAUAGUAAAUAUUUUAUGUAAACGAACCGUAAUUAAAAUUAUUAUUAUUUUAUUCGGAUCAGCGAGAUGACUACAUUAUAUUAUUUUAUGUAUACAGUGUGGUCGUUUUAUUCAAGUAACAAUCAGUAUAUUUAGACUUGAUGAAUUUAGAUUUAUAAUUUUAAUAUAAAUAUAAAUGACAGUAGCUAUUAAAAUAUCUUAUUCGCAUUUUUGGAUAAAAUUCAAAUUUGUAUCGCUUUUUUUGCGCUUAUGUGCAAUAGAAUAGUUUAAUUUUUUCGGUUUAAUGGCACUCCCAUUUGUUCUACAUAUGAAUGAAAGAAAUUUGCAAGCAUUCAUUUUCUUCUUAUCAAGUUACAAUUAUUUAAAGUUUUAAUUUUCUCAUAAAGUUUUACUCACUCAUGCGUCGUAACAAAAUUUUUCUAAAAAUCUACAUUAUAAAAUGGCUAUUUUUAAUUUUUUUUUUUAAAUUAUAGUAAAAUUUUAAAAUUUCUAUUUUAAGUUCCCGGUUUAAAAAAAAAUAAAUGUUUAUAAUAUUAACUGAAACGCAAAGGAAUACCGAUUACAUAAAAAAAUAUUGAAUAGAACAAAAGUUAUUUUAAGAGCAGAUCAUCGUGGAAUACCCUAUGUAUAUUAUUAUCGUUAUAAUUACAUAAAAUAUAAUGUCUAUUCGAAUCUGUGGGAAGAAAUACUCGUGAGCAGUAGAGCUCUAUCACCGAGUUGAUUUUUCCCACAGCUUGUCUCCUUUACAAUAUUUUACUUUUUGUUUUUAUAUAGUUAUGAUCAAAAAUUGUUUUGUUACAAAAGUUGUAUUACAUCUUAGCGUGCAGUGAUAUUUAAAACUCAUUAUUUCCCCUGAAAGCCAACAAUUUCCGCAAAAAAAAAAAUGGCGGGGGGAGGGGUUGAAAGUCAAAACCCCCGAAAAGAACACCUUCGAUACUGUUAAACCGUGAAUGUAUACAAUUCCACCAUCCGUGCUUCAUCAAGGCGGUCUGCAGGGGUGUAUAAAGCUCUCUUACCGUAACACCGUGGUUAAAUUCGAUCAUAAUAAGUGCAUAACUUCAAUCCGCCUAUAGAACAACUCCCGACUUUGAUUGGGCCCCGGUGGACCAGUGAAAAAAAACGUCUAAAAAAGUGUGCAAAAGUAACGGGGAAAAGAUAGGUUUCGUAUGGUUAGUGGGAGUGUCCCUGUAUUUAACGUUCCGAAACUCGAAUUCCGAAAUCGAAAAUCGUCCUGCCGAAACGUUUACAGCGUGAAAAACAAACGAUCGCGCCGCGCGUAGGUAUUGUUAUGCUACUGCUAUUCCCGCGUGGUUGGCGGUCGGGGGCGGGUGGAGGUCGAGGAAAACAACGUCGUCUCCGAAAUACAUUUUUCUACGCUACUGAAUAAAAUUGUACGAUUUUUUUUUUUUUUUUUUUUAUAUUUAUCCGUGCGCAAGUGUAAUUAGCGAAGGAUAACGCCGUCAUUAACGUCAAAAUAUAAUACGCUUUUUCCGCCCGGGUCGAUUCGAAAGAAAGCCGAUUAAAAGUGUACGCAUACGAGUAGGUAUUUUUAGCCGCGCGCAACAUAUUGCGCGCGGGGCAUUUGGCUCGUAACAACGAUAAUUAACAGCACGGCGAUAAUGCGUCUCCGUAUGGACGUUUCAUUAAAAUAAUAAUUAUUAUGUGUGCGCCCGGUAAUGCAGAAGAAUAAUAGGCAAUAACAAUAUUACCGUGUGUGUGUGUCACCGUUGGUAUUAACGAACGCUUGUUUUUAAACUGUUGCACGGUUGCGCAUCAUAAUAUUAUUGUUAUUAUUAUUAUUAUUAUAUUUUUCAAGUGCUCCAUUUUAUUCACGCAAGAAACGUGUGCGCGUGGGCGAUAAUUUCUUUAUUCGCGCACGGUGUUAUUUCGAACGCAUUGACAACAUAUCAUAAUGCAAUAGCGCUGCAUUCAAUAUCGUUAUAAACGACUAUUGUAAACUCUGUGUACAUAACGUUUACCCUCCGCAAUUGUUCAUCCUACAGGAAAUUAUCACCUAAUUAGUCUGAUAAUAAACGCCGAGGUUUCCCCCCCCCCAAGACCACUUUUCCGAUAUUAUACAGCCGUUACAGUUUUGUAAAGAGUUUGUAUUAUACCGCAGACAAAGCAAGCAAAUAUCAGUGGGUACUUCGAAAAUAAUACGCCGGAUGAUAUAUUAUUAUCGAGUGCGGUUAUUAAAGAGCUUCGGCAUUGAAGAGUCUUCCACUCGUAUGCACGCGCAUAAUCAAAAGUUAUACCUACGAUGAAUUUCCGCGUACAAUAACACUAAUCAACGAUUGAAAAUCAAUCGAGACUUUUCGAUAAGUAAAUCGUGUAAAAAGACUGAAAAAUCGUAACCGGACAAUAUUAUAAUUCCCUAUACGUUAUUUAUUGGUGACGGUUUUUCAACAUUUUCUCAAAUUAUUUUUACAUUUUAACGACCACCUUAACAAUACGAUUUUUCCACUAAUCUACUGUCCGAUAUUAAUAUGAGGGGAAAAGGUGGGUACGGCCGUUUACCGCUGAAUAUGAAGUUUUCGACCGAAAAGCGUGACAAAACUGUAGGAAUUGUGUUUGAUGGAUUUUUAUUUUCAAAACGUAUUAUUCUUUAAGUUCUUUAUUUAGGGUACGUUAAAAUUAUUAUUUUUUUUUUUUAAAUUUUAAUUCUCUUUAUCAUAAAUAAAAGGCAACAGGUAUACUUUGAGUAUUGUUUUUGAACAUUUUUUUUUUACAAUUUCCAUUAAAAUAAUUACAUUUCUAUUUCAAACGCAUAGAAAUCUAACGUUAGAAUCUAAAAAAUCAUAAUUCUUUUUCAAAAUUCUAAUUUGCUAAACACAAUUUGUACAGUUUUUUCUGAAUUUUAGGUUUGAAUCGACUAAAAUACGCACAAUCAUCAUUACCCCUAAGAAGUUUAUUAUGUAAUUAUUUGUUACCUGACGAAUAAUAAAUAUAAAACAAAAACACGUGGAUAAUUUUUGUGCUCAUACAUAUUUUACUGAAAAAUUCGCAUAACACUUUUUGUAAACAUCGAAAAAUUCCUAAAACUGAAAAUUAUAUGAAAUGAGAAGUAUAGGUUAAGUAUUUUACUUCAUUCGUGCAUAUUAUAUAAUAUGUAGGCAAUUCACGGAGUGAAGUUAUUUAUUAAUAUUAUGUAACAUGAUCAGAUUUUUUAAUAAUUCAUUACAUAUAGCAAUUCCGAUGGUAUAUGGUAUACCCCGGGGAAUGUAUAUUGUUACGUUAGUUUAAUCAUAUUUUAGAUUCUGAGCGGAAUGAGGAAUGUACUGGUUUUACCACGGUGUGUGCUUUUUUCAUCCGGUCUGUAAACAACUUUUCUACUAGAAAUCUUACUCAAAUCAAAUGACGAAAAGAGACCUUUUUUGUUGCUUUUUUGAUCUAAUUGACAAGAAAAAAGUUUUAUUUUUUUCAUUUUUCUAUGUAUUUUUCAUAAUAAUCAGACAGAACCGAGAAAAAACGGGAAGUUUACGGAAAUAACGGUUUCAUUAUUUACAAUACACAAAUUGUUGUGAUUCGGUUACAAAUAUUUGUGGAAACUUGAAAUUUUCACAGAAAACUUACUGAAUUUUUCUAGUUGUAUUCAAAUUUUAAAAACAUUUUGACGAUUUUUGAGCUUUUUUUUUUUCAAAGUUAAAACCAACAGUAGUGAGAGAUUUGAUUUCACAAUCGAUAAUACUUCACCACUACUGUUAUCGUAUGUUAUAAAUUAUAAGCAAUAUACAUAAGUACAUACUACACAGGAAAGACUCACAUUGGUAAUUUAAAAUACAAAAACGAUGAUUUAACCAAGUACCAUCACAUAAUUCUUUCAGCAUUCUUUAGUUCUCUUUCAUAUUCCCCUUACUGCUUUUAACUUCUUUCCUAAUGCCCCAAUGAUCCGUAUACCCUGAUCGACUGAGACUGAGUCAAGGUCCUUGACCCCUCUUUCUCUUUACAUAAGUCCUAUCUAUACUAUCAGUGUUGUAAUUGUGAUAAUGUAUGUAUAGUACGUUAAGUUAAUUGAUUAAUUACCUUGUAAUUGGACUUAUCCGUAUUUAAAUAAAAUAAAAUAAUAGCUUAAAUUAACAUUAUUACUAAUCAAAAUCAAUGUCUUCUUGACCUGGUUUAUAAGCCCGUCAGUCCGAAUGCUCGUGUUGUACUUAUUGUGGUGCAGAAAUUUAACGUCCACCGACCUGGCUGGUAGCUGGAACCUUGAGCGACAGUUUAGCUAUUUACAGGCGUUUUACAUUUUCUAGUUUUCAGUUUAUAUUUGGUAGGUACUACGUAGAUACAAUUGUUUUAUCUAACAGAAAUGUUAGAAAAUUGAAGAGAAUUGGUGGAUUGUUGGCGGGUUUUGUGUUAAAUAGUACAAGACUAUAAGUUAAUGAAGACUGAAGCCAAACAGAAGAAAAAAAUGAAACAUAAUACUUAUGAUAUAUAGUUUAGAUGAGACGAAUAAACCUAAGAAACGAGGAUUUAACACGCUCGCGGAGUCUUCCUCUCUUAUUUGUAUUUUUAUUGGUCUAUAAAUUAAAAGCCAGAAUCGGGAGAAAUAUAGGGAAGUACAGUGUUGGCGGCGAAAACUCUGUAGAGAAUUAUAAGAGCCGGAGCAGAAGGAGAAGAAGAUAAAUUAAAAGUAUCAAAGUUUCCCCCUCCCCCGACAAAUUAACAACACUAUGCAAAAUAAUAUAUUCAUGGAUUACUACACAUAAUAAUAUUAUUAUGCACACGUGCAUCAAGAUUUUAUUCCCGGAUUUUGUUUUUGUUUAUUUUAAUUAAUUUCCCCUUGGAUUUUAAUAAUUAUUAUUACGCUCAGCCCUACAAGUAAUAAUUGUAUUCGUCUUUAUAUCCUUAUCCUAUUUCUUGAAAACGUUGAGGGAGUCUGAUGUUUUUUGAUAAUUGUUUUGUAGAUACUGUAUAUAAGUCGUGAAAACGUGCUCAAUCGUCGAGUUUACUCUGCUGGGUGUAAUUUCGUGGCGUUCUUCUUUUGAUAAUAAUAAUAUAGUAUAAAUACGCGUAAGUUCAUAAUUUCACAAAGUACACUCGUAUUAUUAAAAGCAAAUAAAUAUUUGAUAAAAUUCAAUAAGCCAGUUAAUAAUUUUAGGCCCAGUUCACACAAUGAUAGUUACUAUCGUGAUUGUUUUUGUUUCAACUAUCGCGAUGGUAGAUAUCUUGAAGAAAUUGUCGCUGUACAAUGAUGAUAUAGUAAAAGACAAGGUAGUAUGAAUGUCGAUAGAAACGUCUUUGAAAAUGCGAGUGUAGAUGAGUUAUCAUAGGGUGAUAUAGUUGCGUAUACAUGACUUUUUUCAAAGGGAAGAAUCAAAAAGGUGAUUCUUAAGUGGGAAAGUGGGGGUGGUAACCUUUUCCUUCCAAGGACCAAUCUUCAUAUUAAAUUCAACGUAAACAAAGGGGAAACAUCGAUAUUAAAUUUUUGUGAUAUUUAAAAAAAGCGAUGGGGACGGGUAAGUUAUCAAACCCCCAUACUACCGCCGUGUAUUCGCCCCUGCACAAUGGUAGUUACCAUUGUUAUUACAAUCUCACGAAAAUACCUAUAAACUAUUAUUUUUGCAUGAUAGUUGCUUUUACGAUAUUUACCCACUAUCACAUUGUUCACACAUGAUCCGGUGAAGAUAGUGUAACUUUUAUCGCCAGGACGUUCUCUCAUUUUUCCAAACUUUCACAUUAUUUUACAAUAUAGGUAGUUAUAAAUUUGGAAAAAAUUAACGAAAAUCUAGUGGCUGACAACGACGGCGACUUUGAAAUGUUGUAUUUAUACAUUUAUUUAAUAAUUAAUCUCAAUUGCUCUUGUUUAUAAAGUGGAUCCUAAUUAUAUUUUGUAACUUAUAAAUUCAACAACAAUUUCGAACAAUAAUAUUAUAAAGUACACUUGAAAUAUUCUCGAAGUUUCAUUAUUUAAACUCAAGGAUCGACUAUAACUAUAGCCGUAAUAAUAAUCGUAUAAUAAUAAUUCAUUAUAAUUACUAUUAUUGCCACUCGGGUAUUCGCAGAAAUGCAUUUUUAAUCGAUUGCCGGUGUUUUGGCAUUGUUCGUCAAAACGGCAUUCUCAAAAUGUCGUGUUUUUGGCAACAAUAUGAAUUUAUGCAAAGGCUUAUUAAUUUGAUUGUAUUUCGUCGUGAUCCUAUUUUUUUUUCUCAUACAAAUAGUAUAUUUUGCAGUAUGGUGCUGCUUAAACAAUGGAGUCGAUUGCUGGGCCAUGGACAUUUACGGCGAACAUCAUGCAUCGCAUUGACUAACGUGCCGGGUCAACCGAUUAGACGGCAGACCGAAUCUAAGGUGGUCCAUUCACCGUUUCCUGACGUGGAAAUACCGUCGAGUUUACUGCACGAAGGUGUGUGGAGCAAUUUGGAAAAAUGGCCCGACAAGGAUGCGCUGGUAAGUCACAGAUAAUAACUAUAGGUCAACUACAGUUAACCCAACCUAACCUAACUAUAGAUAGUAUCUAUAUUACUAGCUGUGAUAAUACAAUGUUAAAUGUAUAAUUUUAUAAUAUAUUAAAUUUGAAUAAACCGUAAUCGAGAGGGUGUUAUCACUGGAUGGCCUCCCUUAUUUGUUAUUCACGUGUUUGUAAAUUAUUUUCUUAUUGUGCAUGCAGCAUAAAUUCUCAAUUUUCUUAAUAAAUAAAAAAAAUCAUAAUUAUAUACUUAUAAUGCUGGUGUAAUAACGAAAAUUGACCCCUUUCAUAUUUGACGUCUUGUUUUUCUCUAAAAUUUCCCAAGUGAAAAUUUUCUGGGGGAGGGGGUGUAAAUUUACUGGUGAAAUUUGAUUUAGAAACCGAAUAUCAUGGAAAAAAAUGUUCGUGAUUAUGUUAGUCAUUUUUUUUAAAAAAUAACUUUAAAAAAAAAAAAUCAUAAAUCGUACGAAAAUUAAUUAUUGAAUAUGCAAUUAUAACGACUAUUUCGCGUGAGUCGUCAAUAAAAACAACAAACUCUACGAAUAUUUAUUUUUUUCUGUAUCGCGUGAGAAUUAUUUUCUGACAAGCAGAAGUAUGUCAAGUCCUAUAUAUAAUAAAUUCCCAUUGACAUUAGAAACGCUAUGUACCCGUAAUAAUAUUAUUAUUUCGGUAAAUAACAUUUUCUUUUUUUUAAUAUAACAUUAAUAAUUAUUACAUUACAAUUUAAAACGAAACAUAUAACGUAACUUGAAAAUAUUUCUUCGAGGUGACCUCUCUAACUUAAAACUUCUACUUUUCAGGCUUUCAUUUAAUCUUCCUCGAAGUCCACGAAGUAUAUGCCCCUAUAAAGAAAAGUAUAUAGAUACUUAUGAUUGUAUUUUGUUUUGUAAUUCUUCGACAUCCAGAGGUUUUCAGUGUACGUAAACUUAACUUUUUAAGUGCCUUCCCCCCCACAAGAAAAAGCCACAAGCUGCCAAAUCUAUGAUGUUGAGAGAAAGAUAGAGAGAGAGAGAGAGAGAGAGAGAGAGAGAAAGAGAGAUCGAAGUGUGGGCCAACGGGGAAUAUCGCCGUUUUUGGAAAUAAUGCGAUUAUACCAAAAACCUGCCGAACUUCAUCGAUACUCUCUGGUCGUGCGCAAGAUUAUGUGGCUGCACAAUACGUAUAUUGUUUAAACCAAAAGUUUUAUUCUUGAGAAAACUUUAUGUUAGUUCGCCAGAACGAAAAUGUGUGAUCAUGACGUUAUUAUAGACAUCAUAAGAAGUUAAGGUUAUAACAUGAUUAUUAUUGCCCGUCAAUGUUUUCGUCUUCAAAAAGAAAAUUAAAUUAAAAUAAUGUUCCAAUAAAUUCCUUUGAUACAAAAUAGGAUACAUCAAAAUUUGAAAAGGAAAAGUUAUAGAGUUAAUUGAAUUUUAAAAAAAAAAAAACAAUUUUUAAAUUGCUUAUAGUAUAACUACUUAUAUUAUUGUACCCAUUUUUGAACAUUAGUUAAUAUGGAUUUAUAUUUAAUAAAUUAUGUACUCAUAUUUAAAUUAGAAAUGAUAAUAAUAUAUUAUAAUUGUUCCGCAUAGUAUUGACCGCGUCAUAAUUAAACGAAAAAAUAUGUCUCAAAAAUUUUAACAAUUUUACGAAGUCUCCUCCCGCGUUAUAUUUUUGUUUCAAAAAUAGGAUAAUUAAAAUAAUAUUAUUAGUUUCUCGAAGUUUUUUUAUUAAUUUAUGAGGGUUGGUGGUAUAUUUUCUUUGGACAAAUUUUAGUUAAAGAGUUUAUCAGUGAAACUGUAGUGUAUAGUUCACAUCACAUCUCAAUACGAUGUACCUAAUGGUCGGUUUUGUAGAAUACGUGUAUGCAAAGAUCUCAUAAGUGAAUUCGGAAAAACGUCGAAUAAUCAAAAAUGGUCUCGAAUAUCGAUGUCCCAGAUAACUUUUGAACGGCACGUAGCUGGGUGCAGAAGAAAAGUGGAGAUGUAUUUACCUACCUACAUUAUAAUAAAGUAAUAACUUUUUCGGUCAUAUCAAAAUGCGACAGAAUCGGAUAAACGGACGUAGUAGCAUAUUUAAGAGAGAGAUUAGGGAUGAGAUAUACCUUCCCCUUGACCUUUUUUUUUUAGUGUACAUACAUUUAUAUGACUUUCUUUUGUUAUUUUUUAGACAGGAAAAUAAAUAAUGUGUUGGUACCUAGUUAAUAUGUCAAAAAAACAUGAAUGCGUAUUUUUUGUUUUUCUAUAUCCUGAACAUUAUAAUACAAAGGAAGUUAGUUUAGUAUUAGUAGGUAAAUGUUAAACAAACUAAUAAUAAUUACUAAUACUGAUUACGGUUAUUUGAUUUUAGUGAUUAUUUUCGGGUAGAUUGAAUUAUGAAUUAGAUACUAAAAUACACUAACUGAUUUAUUUUUAACUGAUGUUCACGAUGCAAUAUCUUAUAAAAUAUGACACAAUUAGCAAAUUCAAUAUUUACCUCCUUGGAAAAAACCUAAAUAUGCCAUGUAAUUGACAUACUCAAAAUACGCGUGUAUAUGCAGGUCCAUUACUGAAAUCCGAACAAAAUACAUAUCUACAUUUUAGAUUCUGAGCGAACGAGAGAGCUAUUGGUUUUACAAUGAUAUUUAUUUCUUUUUUCUUUUUUUUCUUCUAGUUUGUGAACACGAUUUUUCCUAAUAAACUCGCUCCAAUUUGUACGUGUAGCAACUCUCCUGAAAGUUCAAGUUAUCUAAAUGGUAGAGAGGUUACUGUUUUGAUUAUCGACGCCGUUUUUUGAAUAAAAGAACUUAAGUGGAGAAAACGUGGGAAAACGUACAGUUUCACGAUUUCAUUAUUUAAUAAAAAUAAUGGACGACGUUUUCCACCAGAAAAAAUAAUUUAAUCGAAAAACUACAAGAUACCUUUUUCGUUGCCUUUUUGAUUUACUUUUACGACAACAAAUCUAAAUGUACACAUAAGUACAGACCAUGUUCGGUAGAUUAUUUAGUAAACUUCGGAGUUUUUGUUUUAUAUUCUAAGUGGAGCGAGUAAUGUAUUGGUUUUACAAUAUUAUUUUUUUUUUUUUAAACAACAUUUUACUAUAAAUUUUGCUUCGAUUUUUAAGUAUUGCACUUUUUUUGAAAGGAAAUUAUACUGGAAACUGGAAUAGUACUUCAAGGAUGUAAUUUUUUUUUUAUUUCUCCAGAAGGUUUUAUACUAAAUGGGAAAAAACUGUUGAAUAGGCGGGAAUAUUUACAAAAUGUAUUAUUUUCAAAUCGUAAAUAUUACCGUUUUUCAAAAUAUUUAUAAACGAACUCUGCUCAGAAUUAUUUAUCGUUAAAAUAAUUAAUUAUUGCGUACAGAUACACAUUAAAUUUCUGUUCUUCCUUCUCAACCUCUCGCUGACAACAGUGGCACAUCCUUCGUGCGAAGUGUAUUUUUUAAAUCCUGGAAAAUAUCAAAAUAACGUCGAAUACCUACGUAAAUUCUUCGAUUGAUUUUUUUUCUUCACACCAAACGAUAGGGAAGGGGGCUGCGUAAAGUUGGCCCCCUUUCUUGUUUUUUUAUAUCUGGCUGGGAAAUGAUUUACAAAUUCUGAAAACCUUAUUGCAAAAUUUUGAUACCAUUUUCUAAUUAGUUGGUCAUGGAAGGACAACUUUACAUACAUUUAAUUUUACUUUAGAUAACGUAGCUAUACAUACACAACAUAUACGUCAUACACUAUUUGAUAAUCCGCACGGUCACGGAGUUUACAGAAUAUCAUUUAUGCAUUAUUUGUUCUAAUAAAAGGAAGGAAAGAAAAGGUAAAAAUAAAUUGCACGUGUGUGCAUAAUACUAAUGAUUUCUACGGAAGGGAGUUGAUUUAAAAAAUUUCUUUUUUUUUUUCAAUUAUUUUAUCAGAUACUAUAAAUUACUCAUACAAUACACUACACUCAAUUAACUUGUUGCGGGCGUUUUUUUAAACUUAAGUACAAGUAACUUAUAACCGAAGUCAAAAAUAUUGAAUACGUUGAUUUUGUGUAAGUAUAAUUUUUUGUGAUAAAUAUUCAAAUACUUUUAAUUGAAUAUUUUAAAAUACCUACUGACCUGAGGAUGCUCGUAGUUAACGGUGUUAAGACUUGUCUGAAAAGGUGUUUUCGGCGGCCGGUAUAUAUACCCUGGACCCCUCCAGCUAGAUAUGCUUAGUCCGCGCUUUUCGAUAAUAACAUGUUGUUGAAUAAUUGGAUAACCUCACGCAUUUGGCCCCUAAUAUCCGGGUUUUGUUAAAUGCGCACAAAAGGUGUUCGAUCAGCUAUUGACGUCCGUGUUAUAUUAAUAUUCCGAAUAUUCAAAUCUACAAUUCUUACCAUAGACGUUCGCAUUGCGGCGUGGUAAAUUACCUAUUAUUGUGCUGCAGUAAAUCCCAUACUUUAUGCUACAUAAUAUAAUAUAUUAUCAGGGAGUGAAACGACGCCUGUAACAGACUCAUAUAGAUCGCGGUUAUAGUGCUACAAUAACCUAUCGGUUUUCUAUAGUCACUACUUAUGGAUAACAGUUUUUCAAUAAUAUUAUAGGCAUGUGAUGAUACAAAAUCCUAAUUGAAAUUGAAAUUUUAGUUAAUUUAUUAAUGUACAAUAGUCGAUAAUAAUUAUUCACUUUCACUUUAACUACAGUUAUAUUUUGUAUUAAAUAUUCAUAAUUAGACAUCUUAUAAAGUCAACCACAACUUUUUUUGGGGGACAACUUUUUAGGUUUGAUUAUCGAGUAUUAUUAACUAUAGUAUUUGUUUUUGCUUGAAAAUGUUAUUAUAAAAAUUAUACAUCUUGCGCAAUCAAAGGGGUGGACUUCUGGUCCGAAUCUCCCUCCCCCUAGAUACAUUUACAUGUUAUUUAAUAUGUUGAUCUUAAUAUUUCGUUUAUUGUUUAUAAAUUGUAAUAUCAAAGAUUUAAAACAUAUCAUAGAAAUACAAACUCGGGAAAUUAUAUGGAUUAGCUCUCCUCGAUAUAUACAGAGAUGUGUCUGUUACGGUUAAUAAAGUUAUUAUUAUUAUUAUUAUUACUUUUAUGUACAUAUAUCUUUUUUGAAUCAUUAACAUAGUUUUUUUUUUUUGUUUGUUAGAAUAAGUUACGGUAUUUCACUUUAUUAUUAUGAAAAUUACAUUAUAGGCAUAUAUAACUUAAAAAUGCGUAUUUCGUUGCACAAUGAAAUUAAUUAUUAUGUUUGGACCCCCGCCCUCUUUGAUAAAUCCUUUGAUAAAGCCACUACCGCGCUAAAUGUUCAGUUAAAAGCAAAAAAACCGAUACUGUUCUUGAAAAAAAAUCUGUAAAAGAUGAUGUAUAGUAUAAUUUAAUUUAUAUUUAUAGGUACGUAACGAAAAACAAUGCUGAAUAAGUAGUGUACUAUUAGUUGUAUGUUUUCCCUGGUUGUUGAGGUAACCUAGUAAUCGAGCAAAAUUAUAGAAACAAUUGCCAGUUUUACCCAUUUAUUAAGAAAACUACAAGAGUGUUACAAAACGUUAGAAAAAAUGUUACAAGAAAUUCCUAUGACGGUUUUAAUUGGAGCAAGUCUUCUGAUAGAAAAGUUGUACACAACACAUCAUAGUAUAACCAAUACGUAUAUUUACUGUUUCACUCAGAAUCUAUCACACAGGUACGCAACAAAUGUAUAGAAUAAGUAAUUUUAUAAUUGAAGAACCGUGUAUCUCCAUAUAAUACAAUUUUUCAGGAGACAUAAACUAUUGUAGAUACUCGGUUAUUGCAUCGAACUGUGUAUUCCGGACAUCUUUACUUGUACGACAUUAUCUUAUCUAACGGACAGAUAUUAUACUCGGUUUUAGUGCACCGAACCGUAAACACCAUUUAUUAUUCUUCAUGAGAAAAUGUAAAACAUUCUAAAGUAUUUAGAGAUACUCGGUGUUACACCAUACGAUUAUAAAAUAUUAGAUUCGUACCAUAAGUGCCGCGAAGUUAUAAUUAAGUAUUGUUAGCAUAUUAGGUUUAUUAAAAACUAUUAAUAUACGACGACAAUAAUAGACGUCACACCGAGUGUUUAAAUUAAUCGUAGAUAACAAUAUAACCAACCAAUAAAUUUAUAAAAUGCUUUUAAGCGUUUUUUCAACAAUAUCAUAAUAUAAAUAUGCCAAUAAAAUUGUUAUUAAUCUAUAAAUGAAUGCCGAAUAGAUCUCUCGCAAUUUCUCUAUUUGCUGUCACCUGUAAGUACUUUAAAAUACCCUCGCUUAAUACACUAUACGUUAGGUAACAUAAAGAUUCGAUUAAAAAACGAUUUUAUAAUACUGAAAACGUAUUAUGCGAAUAUUAAUAAAGUGUGACGUUGUAAGAACACUGAUGAGAUUAUUAUUUUUUCAGUCAAGUUUACGCGAAUCAGACGAAAGACUUCUUUUAAAAACGAUCCUUUAAAGAUAGAAUCUAUUUCAAAAUAUUUCUAUGAUAUAUGAUAGAUAUAUGAUAUAGAUAAUAUUAUUUCUAUAUAAAUCUAAUAUGAUUUUUAUUUUUUCAUUUGUAUAAAUGUCGAUCAGGAAAAUGUCCUAUAAAUACAGAGAUUAAAAUAAAAAAAAAAAAAAAAAAAAUCAAAAUCCAUUUUUGCAUUAUUUUAUGAUAUCGUUCUAAUACGAUAAUAUUGUAAGUAUAGUAGAUGCAAUUCGCAUAAGACGUUCUUUCUGGAUUUAUUAUAUUAAUCCUCGGUCUAUUCGAUUGUAGAUGGUUCAUAUCUAAAAAUAACUUUGACGCUUUGAUAAAUAUUAUAAUACUGUACUAUUUGUAUUUUGUAUUACUAUUUGUAACGGUAUAGUAUAUUAUACAAUCGAUACUUUGAACGAUAACCACCUCAUUAUUUUCUAGUAUUUUUGAAGCAAAAUGUAUAAUUUGCGCGUCGUUAAAUACAAUAUUAGUAAGUAUUGUGAUGAUAUAACAUGGGACUAAAUUGUUAUAUUUGUAAAAAUGUGUUUGAAAGCUAAAUGUCAAUAUUUCGCUCCGUUUGUCCAUACCGAAAAUCGUUUAAAUCGCCCAUCUAUGCGAUUCCUUAAAUAUUGUUUAUUAGCUUUAUCAUCAACACGUAACGGUAAACAUUUUACCGUGUGUAUUUUUUCGACGUUAUAUUGUUUUGUCAAAGCAAAAUAUUUACACGCGUACAUAUGUAUUUUAUAUAAGAGUAUAAUAUCAGAAAUGUCCCAAUUUAAAAAUGUUAGUAUCGAAAUACCGAGAAAAAGCCGGUUUACAAACGUACGUUUGUGUUUUUACGCAUACAACGCAUGUGGUAACGACUUUCCAAUUGAGUUCAUUGAUCUCGGGUUAAUUCGCCGAAAUCGAGAGUAAAACCAACAGCACAACUGUAUCCGCACGGAACGCAAGUCGGUAUGUUGUGACAUUUUUGUAUUAUGGAACCGUCACUAUGCAUAUUAUGCGGGUGUAACGUCUUCUUAACACUUUGUUGUAAGUAAGAUAGAUGUGUUAAUAUGCCCUAAAAUCUUUAAACAUAUAUGCAGUUAUGCAAUAAAAAUACACAAACGAACGGACAUACUUCGCACCACGGGUGGGCCACUGUUGUAUGUGAGAAGUCGGAAAGGUACGAUAUAGAGGGGAAUUCAAUUUAUAUCCGUACGCAACAGUUAAUCAUUGCUAACUUGCUAACGCAAAACGAUUCUGAGCAACGCUAGGUCAAUAAUAUUGUUUUUUCAACAAUAUGCGUUUUCACGAAAACAACGAGUGCUAAGAAAAAAAAAAAGAAUAAAUAAAAAGAUUAAAAUAAUAAAAUCCUAAAAAUAAAGAAAAUAAAUAAAAACGGUUACCGGUGACGACCUUACUUUAAAUUUAAAAUACCCACUAUUAUAGCCAAAAUGCAACAAAACAGUUUUUUUGUUAUGUUUUGACUGGAGCAAAAUAUGUAGGAGAAAUUUUGUACACAAUAUAUAUAUAUAUAUAUAUAUAAAAAAGAUAAACGUUAUUUUAAAACAAUACAUUCUUCGCUUCGCUCAGAAUCUAAAACAUGUCCGUUAAAUAUGCUUGAAAAAAAAAAAAUAAUAAUAAUGUUAAAUAUGUUUUUAAAAUGUACACAGUUCUUAAAAUACGCCCUUAAUAUCCAAAAACUACGGCAUAACCGUAGAAAUACGCAAUGCGAAAUUGUGUUAUGUGGUGUGAAACGCCAAAAAUUUCUUUGACUAUUCGAUGACAUUUUACGAAAGAGUGGUGAUUGUUAACAAACAUUCUAAUAUUUGUUUUUUCUGUAGACACCUUAAAAUAAGAAUGGAAUAAAAUACUGUAGAAUGUUUUAUUUAAUGCAACAAUAACGGACGGGAGACGUUUUGAAUUAUAGAUAAUUAAUAUUUCUGGAAUAUUCGUCGAAGCGUGUGCAUUAUAAUAUUAUAAUUUCGCCAGGUUUCGUCAUCGGUAUGAAUAAUAAUAAUAUCCGUAUAUAAUAGAAUGUACUCGACACAAUCGGAGAGCCGCGUAAUUCUCGCCGUGGACGUCAUUCGCCGCGUGCUCGUUUAAUUACGAACCUACUACGACUAUACUCACCCACAGCUAUGUGUGCGUACCUACUAGUUCUUAUGUAUACAUUAUUAUUACACAUGUAUAGAGAGAACAAGUGGAAAUCAUUAUAAUAUUAUGUUCUCGUUAUACGAGCUCAUAUACUCCCGUUGAAAUAUUUACACAGAGAACACGAAUAUCGCGUGCGUGUAUUUUUUUUUUUUUUUUUUUCGCUGACCUCGUUGAAAUUACCGUAAUAACGUUCUCGAAAAAUAAAUUACGCGUUUGUACCGGCAAAAUCCGACUAUGUCAUUAUAAACGUAAUAUUAUUAUUGUUAUUAGGAUUCUGCGAGCAAACACAAUUAACAUGCGUCGAAAAUUUCCGGUGUUAUUAUAUACGUAUAAUUUUCGAGUUGAUAAAAUAUAAAAUACUUUAUUGCUAUUAUUAUUAUUAUUAUUAUUUAAAUUAGUCGUUGUAAUUGCAUUUUUUCCAAUAACUGCACGGAUACAUAAUUGGCCACAAUAUCGGGCCUAAAAUUUAAAUUUGUUUUAAAUUAUUAUUAUUAUAAUUAUAUUAUGAAAAUCUACUUUAGAAAUAUCGUCCGGUCACCUUUUCAAUUUGUUCUACAUAAAGGAUGCCUAUACGGUUCAUGGCCUUUUUCCUGAAUAGGUAAUGAUUUGUUCAUUAUGAAGGAAUGCUGUUUUUCUUGAACGUUACAUUCCCCUAAUAGAAUUUCAAGUUUCGAAAGUUAAUUAAAAUUACACAAUUUAUUACUAUUUUCAAAACGAUACAGUGGCACGAGUCCAAGUAUGGAAUCCGAGUUGAAGACUGCGUAAUCACACAGUAAUUAAUAACAUAAUAUCUGAGUCGUAUAAGUCUUUAGAAAUCUAACCGCUUUAUUUUUGGCUGAGAACUUUGGAAAAUAUACGGUUUAGGAAAAAAGGCUGUUGAGAAAUUUCAUUCGGAAAAAAUACCGGAAAUCGGGAUAUACAGUAGUAUUUACCUUUAUUAGCUGACGGUAUAACAUCCGUUAAAAUUGAAUGCAAUUAUUUUGAAUUUUUUUUUUUUUUUUAUUGCUCUUAAAGAACACGAAGAACAAAUUAAAAAUAAUAUUUUCAAAGUCAAAUUUAAAUCUUCAUAGUGUUUUCAAUAAAUUUUUUUAAACGGACAUCGAAAACGUUAAAUAUUUAUAUAUUUCCUUUCUUUUUUUAUAAUUAAUUUUGUUUGAAUACUUUGUAUGGGAAUAGAACAAUUUUAAGGUUUGAAUAUAUUUACAGUAUUGAUUACAGUACUUAUCUUUAUAAUAUUUGAUCACUUUAUUUCAUACAUAUUUAGUAUUAGUACAUAUUUUUAAGUGCGUGACAAUAUUCAAUUUUAACCAAUUUUAAUUGUUAUGCUUAGGUUAGCUACCUUAGGUUCGGUAGGUACUUAUUAUUGAUUUUGCAAUUGCACCUUCUUCGGUUGAUGUAUUCAUGAAAGUAUUCCAUGCACUUUGUAUGUAGUGUUCUCAUUUGAAGUAAAAUUGUUGAAUACAAUUUUGUUCGUACGUUUUAUUACUCAAUUGAAAAAAAAAAAUUACAUUUUAAACUAGCAGUUUGUUUUAUAAUAUUAAUACAAGUUUUUAGUAAAACAAUAGUUUAAAUUGCACGCUGUUUACAAGUGCAAAAAAAUGAUUACACUAAAUUUACAUUUUGAACAAUUUUCAUUUACGAGUGAGGUGGAUCGUAUAAUCUCGCUUCGGAGAAGAUUUAAAACAAAAAAAAUUAAUGCUUUUUUAAAUUCAAUACAAUAAUAUUUUUGACUCGUGUAAUAUUGACACGGAGUAAUCUGAUCGGCACAAUAAUACAAUUAUCCCCAAUAAUAAAUAUUGUUCGCAGAGAACUUAAAACGACACAUACAUAUUAAUAUCGACGAUUCGAUUUUUUUUUAAUUAAAAUUAUUUAUGCCAUAAAGAAAAGUAUCAACGUUUAAUCGCCUAUAAUGAAGUAUAGUUAAAAAAUAAUAAUAAUAAAAUAAAUCAAGAAUAAGUUUCAACGCCUGUCGGUGCAGGGCUCUAAUAACGUGAUAUACGUGUUUAUAUAUUAUAACGAUUCAAUAAAUUUAAUUUGAUUUAUGUUUAUGAAUAAUUAUUAUUUAUUUUAUGAGUUCAUGUAAUAAUGAUGACUGUUGUAUAGACACCAUUCUUUUAUUUCUCGUUUUUUUUUUUUUUUUUCAACAAUUAACAUUGUAUUACCUCAAGUAACUAUGUACCUUCUGUACAUAGCUUCUACAGCUUCUGUAUGAUCCAAACUAGUUGAAUUAUACGGUAAAUAACGAAUGAGAUACAACACAGAGUGAAUAUAUCGCAAACGUGCGUGUUAAGUAUUAAUAAAACUCGUAUAAUAUAUUCGCGUCGUUCCAACUCCUGUAUGCACAUUAUGCCCCUUAACGGGUUUCGUUUAGGCAAAUUGUCGGCGUUUGAAAAAAAUCGAUUUUAAAAAUAUUUAAAUUCAUUUUCAAUUAUUCACUUCACGACUAUUUAUUGCUUAAUCUCGAAACCAACUAAAAUGAUUACUAAAAACUGUUUUACGGAGGCAAUACUUUUCGGAAAUUUAGUUAAGAAACUAAAUUUUCACCGUAAAACAAAAUAAGUUUAAACGAACAUCGAGGAAGCAUAAUAUAGUGGUUUCCUGUGAUAGGAGCGGGGAUGAAAACGGAGAUACACGUUGAGUUAAAUUUCUUUUAUUGAUAUCGGUUUUUAGAGGGGUUUGUUUUUAAAAAACUGCUUUACAUGGCCAAAACAACAACAACAACAACAACAACAAAAGAUUCAUCUAAAUCGUCACGGUCAACACCUGGCGAGAUAUCUAAUUUAGGUAUAUAUAUAUGUCGUUUCCACUUGAUGAAAAUGUAUCCAGUUCAUGAAACGUAUACAGAUUUUUUUCCAUUUAGUAAAAUAAAUACAAAUUUCAUGAAGUGGAUAUCUUUUCACGAAAUGGAUACUAAAAUUUCAUAUCGUGUAAUUUUUUCAUCAAAUGACCAUCCACUUGGUGAAACAAAAUAUUAUAUACAUUUAAUUCAAAUUAUACUGUUAUUGGUUUAAUUUUUAUAGGUCUGUGGAUUUACCAACAGAAAAUUUACGUAUCACGAGGCGAGAUUAGCAUCGGAGAGGUUUGCGGCCAAUCUCAGGAAAAGAGGUGCCACGCCGGGUCAGGUUAUAGCGAUUCUAUUGCCCAAUAUUCCCGAAUUCGUGCUGUCGGCGUUGGGUGCCAUUGAAGCAGGGCUGACCAUUACUACGAUCAAUCCGAUUUACACACCGUGUACGUAAUGAUCCUUCGUUUAUGAAAACUAAUAACAUAUAUUUAAACAAUUUAAACAAUUUUAUUGGGAAAAUUCGUUACACGGCAACAAACUUCUUCACAAUUUUCGAUUAAGACUAGGUUUUUACUCAAUAUAAUAAUUUAUGUAUUCUAUAUAUGGUUCGUGUAAUCGCUUAGUAAUCAUGCGAGCAUUUCAAUGUGGAUUUUUGUGAUAACUACCUGGAGUGUCGGUAGUCGAUAUAAUGAAAAUAUGGAAUCCAAUGCGCUAACAACAAUAAUGAUAAGAAUGAAAUAUAAAUCCCAUAUUAAUAACUUCUGUAUUAUUAUAGUCCAUGCCGUAUUUUUGAAGUAGGCAACCCCAUAUGUAUGUGAGAGACUAAAUAAAUGGUUUCUAAAUUUUUUACACGGUUAUCCCGUAUUAUCCAUAUUAUUUAAUCUAAUUUUAUAUGAUAUUAAUUUAUAUUAUUAAUUUUAUAUAAUAUUUUAUUUUCGGGCCUUGUUUAGUCCUACGGUUUUUCAUUCCAUAUCCACGGCAAGGCCGAUUUUUCUCAAUUAUCAGUGUUAUCGUUAGGGCUCGGUAGUAGGAGGUAAAUUUGGCAAAAUAUGCAUACAAAAUACUUUGUACCACGGGUGGGCCACUGUUGUAGGAAAGUAGGAUAUAGAGGCGAAUUUAAUGUACAUACGAGUAUAUCUAUAAGCAAAGAUUAAUUAUCAGUAACGAAAAACGGAGCUCGGUUAAUAUUAUUGAUUUUUCAAUAAUCUAUAUGUCAUUAUAUUGUAUAAUAUAUCAUCCAAGUGCACUAAAAUGCAUUUGUUUUUUUCCUGUUAUCGUUGAAAAAAAAAAUUCAAAACUCGAGUUAGCAUUUGCGAUACAUAGUUAUAAUCGAAAAACGAUCACUAACUAGAUUAAAAAAAUAUAAAAAUUUGUUUGUAGAAAUCAUAAAGCAAAACAGUUUUAAAUAAUAAAAUCGUAACGCCAUAAAUUUGUCAUUUUCCAUUUUACUUUUUUUCCUAGUUUUUACCAAUUAUUAUGAAAAUCAAAAAAUGACUUCCUCAAUAAUAUAAAUAAAAUAAAAUUUAAUUUCAAAAAAGGCGGUAAACUUGAUACAUUAGACCAAGAUUUCAACCAAGUUGUUGAAAAGACACACUCAUAGAAAAACUAAUAGAUCCCUCGCUACGCUCUUUAGCAAAAAACAAAAAUUUAUUCACGAUGCCAAUAAAUAGCUAAAUAAAUACGUUAAAUAAUAUUGAAUUUUAUAUAAAUUAUAUAAUAGAAAAUACAUAGGUAAAAAUUUAAAAAAAAAUUAAAUAUUCAAAUAUACAACACGUAAGUACGUAUGAAAAAUCAAUAAAAUAUAUACACUUUUAUUCUAAAAUUGACGAAAUAUUCAAAAUAUGCAUUUUAAAUAUCUGAUUUUUAAACUCUCUAUUGUAUAGAACAGAUUUCUAGGUUGUCCUGCUAUAAAUCCAGAGCUUAUAGAACAUUAUUCUAUAACUCCCGAGCCCUAGUUAUCGCUAUACAAUUGCGCUGUCGUCUUGUCAGACAUGGAUGUAUAAUGCGCAUUUCAGCGUUAGACGUCUAUGUCUUAUGAAAACUUUACCGCGGUAGUUUAAAAUUCCAAAGAAAAAUUAUAAGUCAACAGGACAGUUUCUGUAUUGUGACAUGUCUUAUAUAAGAACAAAAACAAAAAAAUACACUUUCUUUUGUCGUUAUUUUUUCUACUUUUGUUUUGUUUUUUAAGAGUUAAUUUUAAGUAGUUGCAUUAUUAUUACUCCUGUUCUACGUCUUGUUUAUUUUCUUCUGCAGUUGUAUUUACUUUCUACAUAUUUCUGUACAUUUUUCAUCUUUACAUGUUUCAUCUUUUCUAAACACACAUAAUUUUUGUUUUUAUGUUGUUUUUUUUUUUUUUUUUAAGUUUACGCGACCUAUUCCAAUAUUAAAUUAAAAAGGUUAUUGAAAUAUCUAAAUGAAUACAGAAAUACAUAAAUAAAUUCACACACAGAAUAAUUUUUCAACACCGAUAUAUAAGAUUAUAACACCUAACCAAGGUGCCUAUGUAUAUUAUUUUGUAAUGGAAUUUCAGAUGAAAUCGCUCAUCAAUUGAGCGAUUCUGGCGCUUCCGGAAUAGUGACGGUUCCUGAACUAUUACCCAAAGUUAUCGAGGCUUAUAAAUUGGCCAAAGACGCUGGAAAGAAAUCGAAGUUCAUUGUGUGCGUCAACCUAGACGGUUCCAAGCAGAAUGGCACGUGGGAUUUUAACGAAAUGAUCGACCAGUCCGUUGACACUUCGAUACUGAAAUCUAGCAGCAGAUCUAACAGUGACAUAGUUUUAAUACCUUAUUCGAGCGGCACUACCGGAUUGUCCAAAGGUGUGACUCUGUCACAUAUGAAUAUUUUGGCUAAUAUUGCUCAGAUGAACUGUCCGGAAAUCAGGCACAUAGAAGAAGCGACAGGUAUAAUAAUAAUAAUUGGAUUGUAAUAUCAUCGACCAGGGUCCCGAUUUAAAUACCCUAAAGGCUUAAAAACCAUCGAAAAACGAUCUAAAAAAUAUUUUAAAUUCAAAUGUCCGCUAUUUAUUUUGUCGGCAUUUUAAGUUUAAGUUUAAAUUUAUGAUAAGGUUUGUUAAAGACACGGACAAUUGUAAUUUAUGUACAAAUAUUAGUAAAAUUGUUUAAUUAAAAUUAAUUAAAAAACUUCCAACAAAAUCGUUCUUCGUUCUCAAUGGGUUUUCGUUACAUAAACUAAAUCAUUCAAUAAGCACUUUAUAUACUUUCUGCCUAUAAUAUUGGCCAAGCAGUAUAGCGCAAUGUUUAUCUGGAUUUUUUUCUUGUCAAUUUAAAAUUUUUUUUUGUUUUCAAACAAAAAACGGGUUUCAACCCGUUGACAAAGAAUUAAUGGAUCAUGAAAAAUAUACAAGUAAAUAUCUUAAAAACAAUGAAUAUUAGUGUUGCUAGGUUGACAUAUUUACAAAAUUACAAAUUAAUUAUUAACAAAUUUCUUCGAAAUCAAAACUGCCAGUAAAAAAAAAAAAAAAAAACGUACCGUAUUUUAUCUGAUGAACUCGUACGUGUUGAAUUAUCAACACCCAGCUUAAUUAAUAAUUGACCAACUAUACCUAUAUAGUUGUAUAUAUAUGCUACAAUCUUACAUAAGUAUACCGACAAACCGGCCACGUCCUGAUUAUAUUAGAAUAGAAUAGAUUGCGAACGCGUCUCGUCAACGAUUUCGCAAAAUUUCGAAGUACUAACAACUUCGUUAUGUAAAUUUAAUUUACUUUUUAGCGAAUCAUCAAGACGUAUUGCCUGCUAUUUUACCUUUUUACCAUAUUUAUGGUUUUACGGUAGUGCUGAUGACCGGAUUGAUCAGAGGAUGUAAAAUGGUGUCGUUGCCCAAACUCGAAUCUGAAAUCUUUUUGAAUGUACUGAAAGAGCACAAGGUAUAACGAAUGUACUGUUCUCCGUUAGUAUACCGGAAGUUUUGAAUUAAUUUUUAUUAUGUUAUUGUAUACUUUAGGCAACUAUAUUGUACGCGGUACCUCCAGUUGUGUUGUUACUAGGACAAAAUAAAAAUGUAACCGAGGAACACUUUCAGAAUUUAAGAACUAUUUGUAACGGCGCUGGCCCAGUGAAAGAAGCAGAUGCCGAAAGAAUACUCGUCAGAACCAAAAACAAAAAUUUACGUUUUUGUCAAGGUAAAACUUUAUUUUUGUCCAAUUGAAUUUAGAGUGCUUUUUAUACAAUAAACCGUAAAAGAAAACCAAAACAAAACAAGAAAUUAAAAAAAUUAAAAGGAAACAAAGUUAAUACAUUUUUUUUAGUCGUUUCAAAUUCCGUUGUAUAAUGUAUUAAGUUUACAAAAUAAUAUUAUGAAAUAAGUAAAAUAAUUUAAGAAAAUUGAACACAUCAGAUGAAUACGUCAGGUUAUACUCUAUAAUUGUUAUAAGUACUGAUUAUUUAACAAAUAAAUAUAAUUUUAAUUAUUUUAUUUAAUGAUUAUAAUAAUACGAUUAUUAUGUAUUAUUAUUAUUACCUAUAUCUUUAACCAAUACAUUCUGGAUAACCAUUCGUAUUGUACCCUUUUUUACACGGAUGGCUCUUUUAGUUCUAAAGGGGGUUCUCCUUUAUUUUUCCUCAUCUACUUAUCUAAUCGGCUUUCAAUCUAUCUCCUUACGUCUCUUUAUUUACGGCAAAAAGCUUUGCCAUCUUAGAAGCUCUUACCUGCAUAAAGUCCCUUCUUCCUCCGGGAAAUUUUCUUAUAAUGUCUGACUCUCAAGCAUGUUUAUCAUUUUGAAAAUCCUCUUUAUUCUUUAGUCACUCGAAACCUGCGCCAUCUUCGUUUCGUUCCCCGUAACCCAUGGGUUUCGGGUCAUAUCGGUAUCUCGGACAAUGAGCGCGCCGAUGUGUUGGCUAGCUCGGCAUAUAAUAUGGAUCUGUCACGUCCCCCUUUGUAUCCUUAUUCCGAUCUAAUGAUUAUCCUCCGAUGAUCAGUUCGAUAUUUCAUUAAAUAAAAAAAAAAAAUUAUAUUAUAUUAUAUUAUGUUCGUUAAUCAGUAGAACCCAAACCAACUAUCUCACAUGAGUUGUUAAAAAGCCAGUGAAAACCUAAUAUAUAUUAUUGUAAACAUUUAAAAAAUAUAUAUGUAUAUUUUUUGUUUAGCAUAUGGUAUGACCGAAGCCUCGCCUGCCGUAUUUGUGUCCAGGAAUACCGGUGUAGAUCAUUUGACGGUCGGUCCGCCUUUACCCAACACUUUGGCAAGAGUCGUAGAUGUGAUAGACUCGACGAAAGAACUCGGUCCCGGCGAAGUUGGAGAAAUUCAAGUCAAAGGACCGCAAGUCAGUGUUUAUACAGAGUGUUCUAUGAAUAUAUGACCAUUAUGACAUAUUGGAAAGUAUUAAGUUCAUUUGUAUUUUGUAUUUUUUGUUCAAUUUAAGAAAAAAGUAGCUAUUAAAUGUUACAUUACUAUUAAUUUUAGGGAUAAACCGACUACCUACUUUUGACUUCAAAUGGCAACCUAUAUAAAAAAUUCCAUAAAAGACGAAGUAUUAGCAAGGACUUUGGUGUGAGAUGCAAUAGGUAGUUGGGUCAUCCCAAAAAUAAAGAUGACAAAAAAUAAUGGCAAUGUAAAAUUCUAAAGCUACUUGUUUCCUAAAAUAUCAAAAAAAAAGUUAAUACUUUUCAUGAUAUCGCAAUGAUCAUAAUAUUUUCGUGAAAUACUCCUUAUACCUAUAUAGGUAAUAUAGGUAGGCAUAUUAAUGAGUAAGAUCACUUAGGAGGAAGAUAACGAAUUUGGAAAUUAUAAUGUGCAUUAUGUGUAAUUAUGUAUAAUUUGUAGAAAAAAAUCAAUUUGUAAUGAUUUAUGUAUUUUUAUAAGCAGUUUAUAAUUUAAUCCGCCUUCAAAUUAUCUUUGAAAUUAUGUACCUAACUAUAGGUAUAGGUAAUUAUUUAAUUUAUUACCUUAUUGUUACAUUUCUUUAAUCAACUAACCGCUUUCAUAUCAUAAUGUUUUAGAUAGGUUUCAUAAUUUACACAUUUACAUAAAAAAAAUAUGUGCAUGUUUAUGUUUUUCUGGUAUAUUAAUUAUAAUAUGUAGGUAAAACUUAAUAAAUUGUUGAUUUUUCUUACUAAGUGGAAAAAUUUGAUUUAAAAAAUAUAUAGACUUAUAAAUAAUAGAUACUAAAAACGGUCAAGAGGAGACGAAAUGUCUCCUCUAUCUCCCUCUUUCAUGAAUAAACAACUGAUACACUUGUAUGCAUACAAUAUAAAUAUCCAGUAAAGAUAAAAAUACAAAUAUUAUAUUUCCAUUACAUAGGUGAUGAUUGGCUACCUUAACAAUCCCAAAGCGACAGCCGAGACUUUAAGCCCGGAAGGCUGGCUAACAACAGGCGAUAUCGGUUACUAUAAUGAAAACAAAGACUUCUACAUAGUAGAUCGUAUCAAAGAGCUGAUCAAAGUACAAGGAUACCAAGUAAGUAGAUAUACAUUAAAUUUCCCCUCUACCUUACCAACUUCUAAUCUACAACAGUGCAGUGGUCCACUUGUCGUGCAAAAUAUGUCUGUCUUUAUAAGAAUAAUUUUCACAUUUUUUUUUUUUUUUUUGGAAAACCUAAAUAUUUGUUUGCGCCAACAUAAUAUGAUAUCGCUUCCAUAAUAUGAUAUUAUGUAGAAAACAUCAGUUAGAAAAAACAAAUUUAACGGUUUUCUUGACAUCAACUAUUUUUUUUGUACAAUCAUUUGAAUAAAACAAACAUCUGAUCACGAAAAUGGUUUCUACCACGCAUUAUGAUAAAUUCCCGCAUGUGCAAACACGUUCUGAAAUAAAAAAUAAUGGAAAGUAUGCCUAUUGUUGUUCUUUUUUUCAAUUUAAAAUGUUGAAAAUAAUUUUGUUUUAGUUACAUACCUUUUUUUUCGUUUUCUAAAAAUAAUGUAUAAUGUAUUAUGUAUAUGUAUGUACAACUUUGAUUCGCUGACUUGACAUUUUUCUUCAAAAAAACUUAACAAUAAUUGCCAAAUAUAAUUAUUUGUAAUGUGUUUGUUUGAAAUAAAAAACGUAUAAAACAAAUUUCUUUUAAAUUUGGAAAAUUAUAUUUUAUUUAUAGUUAAUUGCGAAAUGAUUUUAAGCAUUGAAAAUUAAAUUCCUAUUAAGUAAUUAAAUUUAAACAAAUUAAUUCCUGGUAUUGUUAAAACGACCCAAAAGCUCGUUAAAAUAAUAGUCCGCGAUUAUUUUAUUAAUCGGCCAUCUGUUAGUUGACGAUACUAUUAUGCAUUUUAUAGAUUUAAAUUUAUUUUUUGUUAUCUUUUUUGUUAUUUUUAUACUAUAAUAGUGCGGCGAUUAGAAAAUAUUUCAAAAACUGCCAAACCAUUAAAAUAAUAUCUUAAAGAGCUGUGAUCCGCUGUCCAUAACGCUUUUUUGAAUAACUGUAUAUAAAAUCGUUAUAAUCCGUCAUAUAUGACGGACAUACAACUAUUACUAUUAUAAUAUAUUUCAAGUAUAAAAUAACUCUUUAUAAUAAUAUGUUCACAGUGAACAUAAACGUGGAUCGAUAUGGUUUGACCCUUCUCUCCAAUCGUUUCGGUAUCUAUAACCUUUGGGUAUUUUUAUAAUCUUUAUGCCGAAUCGUUUUCUAUUCAUUUAUGUUCGUCUAAAACUGUGACUUUGAGAAAAAAUCAUGUCUACAGCAGUGUUCCACUUUUAUUUUAAAUUUCGAGCGUAGCGAGGGAGCUAUUGGUUUUACAAUGCUGUUUAUUAUUAUUAUUUUUUUCUUUGUUCUAGUGUGUGGACUCAUUUUUUUCUAGUAAACUUGCUCCGAUUUUUACGUGUAGCAAUUUUUCUGAAAGCUCAAGUUGUCUAGAUUGUAUUUUAAUUUUAUUUUUUUUUUAAACGAAAGCACUGUGGGAAAAAAACGUAAGAAAACAUACAAUUUCACGAAUUUCUCCAAGAAAAAAUGAUUUAAUCGAAAAAUCACAAGAUAUAUUUUUUUUUGCCUUUUGAUUUACUUUUUUUUGGUAUCGUUGCCAAAAUUUCUAAGCCAUUUUCGAGCUAUAAAGGAAUUUUAACUUUUGGGAUUUUUUUGCUAUAAUUUGGUUAUAAACACAUAUAGAGACUUGAAACUUGGUAAUAAUACUUAUAUUUUUUUUUUUAUAAGCUUUGAAAUCAAAUUAUGUAUUAUCGAACUGUACUCGGAGUCGUCAGUUUUAAUAUAAUUAAAAUAACCUUAUGUGUUAUAUCUUUCCAACUUCCCACCUACAACAGUGGCUUCACCCAUCACCAGUAUCAGCUCUUUUUUAUCUAUUGGAACUGCUCAAUCUGCCAUUCUACACAAAAUUACCAAAUGUCCCUCUGGUAGUAGAAAAAUCUACUAUCUAUGCUAAAAUCAACUGACAUCCAGUAAAUUUCGAAAAUUUUCAAAAUUUAUCACAUCAGGAGACGGACAAUCGACCGUCAGCUAAAAUACCGAUAGAGACAAUUGACUAACAAUAAUAUAUAAAGUAGUAAUUUAUAAUGACAUGCAAUAACUUUAUAUUUUUAUUUUAAAAAUCUACUCAUAAUAAAAUAAUUUAAAGAAGAUGGACAUACUUCACACGAUGAGUGGGCUACUGUUGUAGGUGAGAAUUUGGGACGGUAGGAUACGCAAAGAUUAAAUUAUUAUUGUAUUGUUUACAUACAUAUAUUAUAAUAAAUGUUAUUUGAUGUGAAAUCAUUUUGUAACUAUACUUGUGUAAUUAUGUUGGUGUUUUUAUCGCGAUAGUUGGUUAUUCCGGAUUUGAACAAUUCCGUAAAUAUAUAAAUAAAUUAUCAUUAUUAUUCAUUUAAAAAAAAACCGCCCAAUAUAUCUCCAAACGAUGAGGCAUUCGGAACGGUUUCCAUUGAAGCCAAUAAACCACAUCUGCUAUAUACAUUUUAAAAACCAUAUCCACACACUAGUCAACAGUCACAUGGCUUAGAUUUAUAAUUUGACCUAAACUAUAUAAUAGACGAUACAAUUGUUUAUAAUUAAUUUUGUCCACAGGUACCUCCGGCCGAGCUCGAGGGACUGCUGAGGACUCAUCCGAAUGUGUUGGACGCGGCCGUUAUCGGCGUCCCGAACGAUCGUACAGGAGAAGCUCCACUGGCAUACAUCGUACUCAAUACAGACCUUCCAGCCAUUGGCGAGGAUGAAGUCAAGGAGUUCGUGGCCGGCCGAGUAGCACCGUACAAGAGGAUCACGGCCGGUGUGCAUUUUGUGGAUUCACUGCCCAAAAGCGCAGCCGGGAAGAUUUUGAGACGAACGCUCAAAGACGAGUACAUGAAAACCAUCAAAUAAUCACCAUGAUAAACCAUGACCUUUAUGACACAUUAGGAACCUUCCACCAUUAUUUCUUCACUUCGGUAUACUCGGCAAUAAUCACCUGAAACGUUUUUAAAAGUUGUAUUCGUUAUUAUAUAACAACAAUGGUUAUUAUUAUAUUUUUAUUUGAUUGUAAUUGUAUUUAUAAGGUUUAUAAAACUUUUUACCGAUUCCAUUUGAAUUUUUGUAUCUGGUUUAUUUAUUAUUUAUAGACUCGAAAUGAGAAAAUAAAUAGCAAAUUUUAAAUUAUACGCUAUAAAAAUCAGGUUCUCACCAUACCUAUGGCAACAAAAAAAGAAUCAAUUUAUAGAAGAAUAUAGUUUAGAUAAAUAGUAUAGAUUUUAGUGUAUUUCAUUAAAGUAAGUUGGUACCGAAGUUCAAAAAAACGAAUAAAUGAUAUCUUUUUGUUGACAUAUUUUUAUUCCGCAAAGGUGCCAUAAAAUUGUAAAAAAUAAUGACAUCCUAGGAUAACGAAAAGGGGUGCAGCCAUUGUGAUAGACAAUUUAAUGUAUAUCUGUAAGCAACAAUAAAAUAUUGUUUACGAAAAAUCGAUUCUGUGCGUAGUUCAGUUGAUAGUAAUGCUUUGCCAAC